AUGACCGUCUGGAAAGCUACCGUCGUCGUGUUUUCCAUAGGACUUAUAAUCCACGGAUUAAAGGCUCGUAAGUACUGUUUCAAUGUAUGAUCGAUUAGAUCUCAAGCGUUUUCCCCCUAGACAAACUUUGAAGCUUUUUCGUAUGGCGGGGCAUGAAUCGUAAUUUUCUAUUUCCAUGCUUGCUGCAUGGUAAUCUCUUACUUUUACCUGUUUUGCCGUACGGCGCGAUGAAUUUUCAUUGAAUUUUCAUUUAUAUGGGGUCAGCAUCGUCUCCAGCUCGUGAAUUUUCUGUCCUUCGCCGUUGCCCUUUGUUUAUACGAUCAGCUCUCUCUCUCUCUCUCUCUCUGAUGUUUUUGCUUCUUUAGUAAACAAAGAAUACGUGGCUGCUUGUAUCAAAUGAUCUUUGAGUAAUUUAAUUGAAUGUUUAAGGCACGUUCACCAAGGUUUUGUAGCGUUUUGACAACGACUUAUCAUUGUCGACGUUGUUUAGUAUAUAAAUCGAGUGUUCGUGACCAAAUUUCAGUCUGUGUUAGUUGUUUUUUUACCGCUUAUGAAACAAUGGAAAUGCUGUAAAUAUUUAAGUAGUGAAAAUUCUAAAAAAAUAUGCAAUAAAAUUUGCGUCUUGCACGCUCCAAAAUCUCGGCAAGUUUACAAGUGUGACCUGAUGCGACGUGACCUAUCACGCAACACUAAAUCUGCAGCACUUGACUUGUCACGGGCAGUCACACUCAGAAAACAAAUACAGUUGAAACUUUAUUAAGGGGCCACCCUCAAGGUAGUGGCAAGUGGCCUGUUAAUGGAGUUUGGCCGCUCAAUGGAAGUUCGUCAUAGAUAAGCAUAAUCUUUAGCAGAAACAUCACUUUAAUGUGAAACAAAUGUGCAUCUGAAGAAGCAUUAUUAAUACUGCUCCACAAUCUGUUGUCACUUUCUAUCUCUUACUGCAUUUUCCUUCAUCAUAUUCUUAAAAUAAAGCCACACUAACGCACCAGUCAAUGUUUAGCCUUAGGGAGGGGACCGGGGAUACGUAGGGGGAUUUGACAAUUUACCCUAUUUUCAUGUCAAAUUUUCUGUGAUUGCCCAGGGGCCAAAUGCUGGUUUCAAAUAACCCUUCCCUGGGGAUGAAUGUAUGUUUUUUAUAAUGUUAAUGCCCCUUAAAUAAUUAACAAUGCAUACAUAUUGCCACACAAUAAACGUUUUCUCCCUCAGGUGAACCAUAGGUGAACGUCAGAUGAACACGAAAGUUUUAAAGAUCGAUAGCCAGCAAUAUUACAUGCAACCUUGAUCACAGGUUUCUCUGGGUAAAUUUCAGUAAUUAAAGGGGGCGCCCAGGCUCUGAGAAAGUUGGGUUUGUAAAACUGCAACUAUCUUAGAGUCUUAAGCCUGGAACAGGCUAUCCCAUGGUGGGCCUUGAGCUAGGUUCCAUGCAGGCUCUUAUCAAACAUCUCCACCCUCGGGAUCUUGAGUUUUCUCAAAUCUUCUCACAAAAAACAUUGUAACAUUGCCUCUGGAAAUCAUGCAUUGCGUGUGCAACCUGUAGGCUGUGCUUAUAAUUUUCCAAAAUUAACUUUAGGCUCUUGGCCAAUGAGAAGACAGAUAAUGGGUACAAUGUAAACAAUUAGGCUUAAUUAUCUUGCAGCUCUGUCUGACCCUUCUAUUUUUCUGCAUUUUUUUUUCGUAGCUACCAGCUACCCCUUCAAUUUUUAGCAAGCACUUAUACUCUUUUAGUCGAUCUUACUUUUUACUUACAGGUUACUUUUUUAUUUGCUUGCUUAAUUGUCCUUAAAGCAAAAACUACCAUUAGGUAUCAUUGUAACUGCCACAGUGAAUGACCACAACUCUAAUUUAAAAACAGUUUAAUUUUUUUAAACCUUUUUUUUAAUUUAAAAAUACAAUGUAAGGCUUUGAGUGUGUCAAGGAAAUUCUUACCUCUUGAAAUAAUGGGUAGUGUACACGUAAAAUGUGUUCUUCCAUUGUCUAAUAUAAAUAAAUAGGGCUGGGAAACAAAGUAAAUUUUGAAUCAAACUAGAUUGAAUACAGUAAAACCCCGCGACUAAGAACCUGGAUUUUUCCAAGUUAGCCUAAACAGGUUCUUAUAUAACUGGUAGUUAGCACACGUUUAGGCUAUGUAGGUUCUUAAAUAGUUUCUUAGUUUCCAAAGAAAACAUAUGAAUAUAACUAAGAGUAUUUGGUGGUUCAGUUGACAUAUCUUAUAUUGUCUAAGUGUGCAGAAGUUUUUCAUAGAUUUUAGAAAAUAAGAACCUGUUUCAAAUUCUAGGCUAAACAGGUUCUUUAAUAGAGGGGGCUUAACUGGCAAAUUUUAGCCUAACAGGUUCUUACAAUCCAGGUUCUUAGUCGGGGGGUUUUACUAUACUGGCUUAAUCUCACUGAACACUUAUUUAUUACAACUGGUUAAAAUCUUGGUGCAUGCCCUUCUUUUUUAUCUUGCAGAGAACACCGUUUGUCCUAACGUCACCAAAUAUGGGCCUGAGUGUCCAUUGGAUGUGGAUAAUGAGUGUCUGUCAGAUCAAGAGUGUUCUGCUGGACGAAAAUGUUGUCCAACGCCAUAUGAUAAUGAAGCCUGCCAACUCUUAUGUUUGGUACCCGUGCCGCAAAGUAAGAGGCAUUUAUAACAGGUUCUCCAUAAAGCCUGAAUUUCUAGUCACAGUGAACCCUUCGUCCGAAAGCGACCAAUUAGCCUGCGAUAUUUUUUAAUCUUUCCAUAUAUAUAAUGUGGUCCAGGAGUGAAAAGGCUAUGGUGGUCGCCAGUGUGCGUGCAAGCUUUCAAAUUAUUGCGAGCGCCGGUAGCCUGCGUGCAAACUCUCCAUUUGGGGGAGUCGCGAGAAGUCACGCGAGAGCCGAACGCGAAAGGAGACGAGCGUUCUCUCGCGGUUCGCUGGGCCUGUUAGCAAGUUCUCCAUUUAUGGCGAGCGAAUUGACCCGCAGAAGAACGCCCCUCGCACUUGCUCGAGCUUGCUCGCAGACUAGCGUCCACCGCAACCUUUUCACUCCUAGACCUGCUUACAUAUAUGGGAAGGUUAAAAGAAAUUGCCUCUUUAAAUUUUAAAUCUGCUAAACGGAUUUCCCCAUAGGGGUAGUGGUCUUUCAACCAAAAUUGUGCUGACUUUUGGAUGUUAUUUCAUUGGUAUUAAGAAGCCACAAGGAAAAAAAAGAACAGCAACAACUUUCUCUGACUUCUCUGUGAAAGCCCAACACAGAAAGAGGACACUGUUUUUAACGGGUGAGAGCAUCCAGAACGUAAGGGCAACUAGGUGAUAGUCACGCAGAUCUUUUCAGUUUUGAUCUAACGAACGUUGUUGUUUUUCUUUUUCCCACAGCCAACUGCCCCGUUCCUGUAGAUUUUGCCUUCGUUUUGGACGGCUCGGGGAGCAUAUCAUCGAGUAACUGGGUCCUCAUCAAAGACUUUGUUAAGCGCGUCAUUGACGCAUUCGAAGUGCAUGAAAAGGGAACCCACUUCGCGUUCCUCGAGUACAGCACGGAACCAAAAGUUUACCUGAGAUUCAACGAUUUCACUGGUGCUCAGCUCAACGGCGUUAAUGUCAAGCGAAAGGUGGAAGAAAUUUUGCAAUCGAAAGGCAAGACUUUUAUCGACAAAGCUUUAACAUUGGCGAAUCAGGAAAUUUUUACUGUGGAAAGUGGUAUGAGAUCCGGUGUUAAAAAGGUAAGUCAGGUCACUAAGGUCUUUGAGGAUCUAAGGGCUCGCUCGUCAUUUCAAGGGGAGACUAUCACAAGUACAGUCGAACCCCGCUUAACGGACACCUCAUUAUCACGGACGGUUUGCUUUGUCCCUUGGGAAAACCCUUACCUUUUUUGUAAAUUCAACCCGGGGUUUGACUGUAGUUUGAGACUUGGGACUAAUAGCGAUGAAGUUCUUUAAAUUUACAUUUACUUCUUCUACCCUUCUUUUAGUCAGGUCUCUUAGUGCAAAAUAUAGGCCGGAUCGUUACAGACGUGACAAAAGUGUCAAAUUUGGCACACAGCUUCCUCAGCACCUACCGAUUAAUACUGGAGGGGGUGCCCAUUACAAAUGGUCCUACUUACAGAUAAAAGCGGGGGUUAACUUUCACCUAUAUUAGCAGAUUGGGUGCCCUGUGGUGAGUACUCUUCUUGUUUGAUUUGGCUAAAAAACAGUUGUUUCAAAUUUUUAAGUUUUCAAUUUGGUAAUGUUUAGUUGUUGUUACACUAUUCAAAAUAGUUUUACAUGUAUAUAAUACUGACUAGUGCCCAGUCUCCACACGGUAAGUGUGGCCAUGUUCACUGUGCGGACUGUGUGGCUAUCAGUGUCACUGCUAAGACUUGCAAGUGAUAAUAUCAUUACAUAUCAAUUUAAACAGAUCACAAAGCCAGCUUUCAAAGAUGUCAUACAAUAACUUAAAACUCAAAUGUAUCACAUCCUAAACGAUAGAAUCGUUAAAGUUUGACAUGCCACAUGAACGACCUCAUGAACCGUAACUGACAACGCGCCCACUUUGUAAUUGUGCAGCUAAGAUUAGAUUAUAAUUUGCUUCGUUGGUAACCCUGUCCUUGAGAUAAUAAUUAAAACAUGUCAACCUCGUCCUCAGGGGGAAAAGGAGGAGCAAGGGUGGCACAGUUGGUUAGUGCGCAGCCUUCGGGGCGAGAGGUCCCGAGUUCGAGCCUGGUGUCAACACCUCCUUAUUUCAACUUCUCUAUCUUCAAUGUAGCUUUGACUAGCUUUAAAUACCCUUAAAACGGAGAAUUAAUGGAGAGAGGGGGGUAAAAGGAGCACACCGUCGACCUCAAGUUUAUCGGUUAUUAUUACUGUCACGAGUUAUUGACGUAAAAUAUGGUCGCUUUACCUUUUUCUACCUUUUUGUUAAGCCCUGGGGAAGAGGUUGUAAAAUAUGCCUCUCCAGGAAUUUUUAACACUCUUUAUUUUUUGCACAUUUGCAUUUACUAAGAAGUGUAUGAGGUCCCUGCAUGCCUAGACACCUGUAAGCGGUUCAUUCACUUCAGAGCCUUUGGACCAGAGUGUUACUGGUAGGUCUAUACGAUCUUUCAAAAAAAAGGAAGGUCGUCGCGUGCGUUACAAUUUACAAACAAACUAACUUCAGAAGAGCUGAAAGUUACAGGAACAAGACCUCUUUUAGCCAACCAAUGAUGCAUCAUUUAUGAAAAUGAAUGUAAUUUGUUUGAUGCAAUUAGGCGAAUACUUAAUGGUUACGAAAUCUUACGAUCAUAAAUUCCUAAAGAGAAAUUCCGUUACCAACUUUUCACAAAAUAAUGCUGUGGAAAAUUACAUAAAAUACCAAAAAAAGCAAGGGUCAACAAUAAUUAUGGCCUGGUCCCUUAUAAUAAUGGAGUGGUCAUGAUAAAGAAGCCCAUCAGCCCCAACUGUGACCACUCAAACAGAUGUUUGACAGAUUACAUACUGCAAAACUUUGCAUUCACUUAUGCCUAUAUGUUGCCACACCAGGGGCCUAGAAAUCGGCUCCUGGUCACACCUUGUUUUUAUUGCUGAAUAUCAUUCUAAAGAGCUUUACGAAAUAUUUUGUUGGUAGGCUAGGGGUGUUUUGAACAUGAUUGAUAUUUAGAGAUGGUGACAAAAACGAACACAAAAAAGUCACAAAACGAGACGCAUGAAACAACCGCAAUCUAAUAUUCGUGUUACACCGAUAUAAUGGCUCCUUUGGCUGCUAUGCUGACGUUUUUGAAGAUGGAAGUAGUAUCACAGCUAGUCCCGGGUUAGGUAUACCAUUUAUUACCAGUUUCACGGUUCCUGAGACUUAGGGCCCGUUAACAUAAAGGUGGGGGACCCCAGGUAGGUGAGGUAACCUGCUUAGGUGGGGUAAAAAGAUGACUCUCCUUUACAUGCAAUCUUACAACCCCGCCAUCCUGGGGUGCAGUUUCUCAAGAUUAUUGAAUGGUCGCUAAGCACGUAAACAAGAAAAAUGCUGGCAAACCACGUCUACGCUCAAUUUCUGCUCUUGCUGCAACCUUCAGUGUUGUGGCUUUAUAUUGUUACCUUUAAUAAUUAUGUGAAGCCACCCAGCGCCAAAGUGAAUUUUGCGCGAAUUUGAUGUAUCACGAAUCCGACCCUGACUAGCCUGGGUUACCUCACCUUGAAACGUUGACAUGGCAAAAUUUGACCUCAGCUGAGAGGGUUACCUGGUGUGGCAGACCGGAUUACCCACCUUGAAGGGUGACCCUCAGCAGUUAAAAUAUUCACCAUUUAUCAUUUGAGUCAAUCUUGUACCACUUGAGUCUCACUUUUACGACUUGAUAAGCUGUUAUUAUUUUUGAAGUUCAGUGCCAAAUGUAGAGGCUUCAUGAUAAACUGUGCUGUUUUUUGAAGCUUGGGCUAACUUGUUUCUUUUUUUCGUUUAUGAGACCAGAUUCUUUUUUCUUUGUUUUUGCUUUGUAAAGCUUAGACAAACUGCGGAAAUUGUAAAUGAUAUGACUUGUGCCACGGUGCUUGCUUCUCUGUCAAAACAUGCACUUGCGUCCAGCAGAUAACUGGAUAAAGAGAGACUGAAAGGCAUCCAGACCUAUGUUAAGCUGAAAAAUUAAUUACCUCCCUAGGAAAGAACUAUUUUGGGUUCUGUCAUUUCGUUAUUUGCUCUUCAUGAAUAGCUGUCAUAAACCCCUGAUAAUAUGUGAUACAACAGACUCUUUGACAAUUUCUUUUUUCUGAAAUUUUGUGUGUAAAUGGCUAUGCCAUACGCUUUCUUCAGCUUAAAGUGACAUGUAAUGACAAGUAAUACUUGAUAAAUAAGGCUUAAGCCACACAAUAAGGCCUCCUCUAAUUGAAGUACAUUAGAAAAGGGGAAGAGAACCCCAGAAGCUGAGUACUUGCAAGUUAUGAAGCAAAGACGAGGCCAUCUUAGAAAUGACUUAUGAAAAUGUGGGCGGACUGUGGACUUGCUUUGAGGGCACAGUAAUAAUCAACUUAAUUAUACAGUCAAUAAGCAAAAAUGGAUGGGAAUGCCAGAUGUUCGAGUGAAAUUGUUGUUUACAACAUGAGAAUAUAAUUCAGAGUGAUUUAAGGUAUUAAAUAACAAUUUUCGAUCAAAACACCACAGGGACCCCAGUAGGUGAAAUUUACAAUAAUUAAAUCCUGUUUAGCACGCUUCAGUGGCAUAUUUGCAGUGGGCACCCCCUCUAAUAUUCAUGUUACUGCAAUAAGCUAUGGCUGUGCAAAGUUUGGUGCUUUUGUCAACUCUGUAACGAUCCUGACCCUAAGAGACCUGACUAUUUCCCUUUAUGACUAAGCCUUGUAACCUUAUUACUAACAUAUAUCCCUGAUACCAUUCUAGAUGGCUUUGGUGUUAACAGACGGGACUCAAACACCAGAACCCAGCCCAGACGAAGCCGAAGAUAACCUCCUUGCCGCAGCACAAAAUUUACAGAACAGGGAUAUAGACGUGCUUGCUCUUGGAAUUGGAAGGGGCGUCGACCCAUUUCAGUUACUCAACAUAGCAUCGAAUGAGAAUAAUCUGUACGUAGCUAAGGCCUUCGAUGAAAUCUUGAACGUGGUCGGACAGCUUACUAAACGGGAAUGUCUAGGUGAGUUAAAUGAUACAAACGUUUAAUAAAUGGACUGAGAGCGGCUGCCAGUGGCGCCUUUGUAUGCUGACGUCCGAACUUACUGUUCACAUGUUAAAAAUGUAUUGUAAAGAGGGCACGUCUGUUGUCCUCUCAUCCAUGGCUCUUCUUUCUUCUUUCUUUAAUACCAUAUACUGACGAGAUACAUUUUUUGACUCCGAAGAUUUCAGGUUCUGGAAACAUCAGCGACUGUCAGCAACAGUCCUAUUCGGGACUACACUUUCCGGGGGGCGAAUCAACAAAGUUUUUUUUUACGGAGACCCGAGGUCCAACCCUUUCCCUUUGAAAUAUUAUUUUUGGCAGAAAAAGUACCUCUUUCAAAUACCUUCUACCGACAAAUGGUACCACUUUCACAUACCUAGUGGAGAACACUGCACCCCCUUUAACUCUUGUGUAAAUGUACCGUCUUUGAAAUAUGAAAAAAUGCUAUACCAGUAUGUCUUGUAGACUUUCUCCCAGCUAUAAAAUGUGUCUGUUAGCCCUUUAGGUCCUUUUGCAGACCGAAAUGACUGAUUUCCCUACCCUUUCAUAUGCUUCAAAUAGUGAAAUCCCUACGCUUUACAUAUCUGAACCCUGAAAAUGGUACCCCUUUCGGGCGGAGCCUCCCCUCAUAAUAAGCCAUUAUAGGGCGUACCUCCACAGACUACCCUCACUCUGUCGGACAUAUUUCACCUACUUAUGACAUGACUCCUGCGUUUAAAUGGUUUGCUUCACAAACAGUAAUGGAAAAACGAAAACUGUGUAACCAGUAAAUCAAAUGUAUUUUUCUUUCAGCUUGUUCCGAUCCUGUUGAUGUUGUUUUCGGAAUACCAACGUCCCAGAACAUCUCAGUCGAACGUUUUCAGAGCAUGAAGGAAUUUGUAAGCCAGACUAUCGAUUCAUUGGAUGUCGGUCCCAUGAAAGUGCACGUUGGUCUAGUAACAUACGGUGAGACUGCAUCAACGAUCUUAAAGAUGGACCAACUUAAUGCGAAGGACGCCGUGCAAACUUUGACAAACGGUAUCACCCAGCAAGGAAAUGAAGUCAACGAAGUCUCUGCCAUAGAUGAAGCCUUCCACGUUACUUUCACAAUAUUUGGGGGUGUGAGACAGGCAGCUCCCAAAUCAUUUAUCCUUCUUGUACCCGAAGGCUCCGUGAACAAUCGACAAGAAAUUCUUGCCGCUGCCAGAAGACUUAAGAGCUUGGGAGUGAAGCUUGUAACUGUGGGAGUUGGUGGAGGGGUGGAUUCCGAACUUUACAAGCUUGCAUCAUCUCAGCCGUCUUCCAAGUUCUUUUACAGAAUUCCAGAUCGUGGUGAUCUGAGAGCCCAGAGUAGAGAUGUUGCCAACGUUGUUUGCAAAGGUAAUCUUUGCGGAGUAUAGUGAAAACCCGCGAGUAAGAACCUGCAUAUGAAGUAUGUAAAUAUUAUCAUGUUUUCAUUUCGCUUAAUAUUACAAAGUAUUUGGGGAACUUCAAUAUAGUAAUCUGUUUUCUGAAGAAUCUCCAGGAGAAUUUGUUUGAUUUUAUUAAGAUGUAAAUUGAGAUUUCCUCGACGACGUGUGAGAUUGAGGUUGUCUGUCCAGCUCAUUCCCUGCUUUCUCAUUACGAGGUUUGUCAAGUUGUUUAUUUUAUCUUCUAGGUAAAGCUGGAAGGUGUCCUCUCCUUCCUCCUCGUCCUCCUCUCAGCUGUCCCGAACUUAUAGAACACGAAUGUGACGUUGAUGCUGAUUGCAAGAAUGGUCAGUCUCCAAUGUGUUGUCAAGAUGGCUGUGGUGAACGGAUAUGUGCAGCUCAAGUAACAAGUAAGUCACGUUUUUUUGACUGUUAAUUCCGUUUGAUUACCUUACUCAAUUUUGUUACUUUUGUCGAUGGAACGAUUCGGUUGGACACGACUGUUGUUCUUUCCAGUGCUAUGUAUUCUUUUUUAUUAUAUACAUACUGAGAAAUACUCACCAAAGAGCUCUGUCGUAAAUUUUCAUACGCAAAUGUGUUCUAGCCUAUCAGAGGAGCGAAAGAUGGUUUUCACACGUGAAAAAAAUGAUACGUUCAAUAAGAAUCGCGAACGAUGUUUUUUUUUACGUGUGAGGGUUAAGCACUGCCUUUACAGAUUAAGGUUAAGCACUUCCUCUACUGAUUAGGGUAAAGCACUGUGUCGAAACUGGUUAGGUUCUUUUUUUGGGUUGGGGUUGAUGCUGGUACUUAAAUUAUGUCACGUCCAUCCAGCAAAUCCUCAGUGGUUUAGUGGUUAGCGUAGUAUACCAGACCAUUUGGGUCGUGGGUUCGAGUAAAGUUCGCGUCGUACUGUCUUGUAUAUCAAUUUUUUUUUUCUUUCAAAUUGAAGAGACUUGCACUUUCAUGAACAUUUCCGGCUUGAAAUAUCAUGUAAGACCCUGUUUACAUGGAGUGGGGGACCCCAGUCCAGUGGGGUAAGUUUCUUUUGUUUUGUGUCCUCCAGAGCGUGAAAACAAAAGAAACCAACCCCACUAGACCGGGGUCCCCCACUCCAUGUAAACAGGACCUAAGUGUGAUAUAAAAGCAGAAAACAGUUAUACCUUGUGUAAAUUUCAUGAGGUGAGAAAGGGGCUACGGCCGAUGGCAUCUAAUGCUGACCAAUCAGAAGCCACAGAGGUGUGUGAGUUUCGCGUCAACAUUACCACCUUUUCUAAGUGCUUACAGCUUGCAGCGCCCCUUCGCAGACAUUCAACGAGAAAAGUUUUUCUCGAAGUGUUUUUCUUGUAUAAAAAAGUGAAAAACAUCGCGGAAAUUGGAGUGAAAUAGUUUUGUUUCUUUCACUGUCGAUGAAGUAAACUGUAGAGAGGCGUCAAAACAACAGCGGAAGGGGAAAAACAGAUCAAGACGUAAGCUUAUGUUGUGCUUUUUAUCGGAGCUUGUUUGUCUUCUAUUUAUAUUAAAACAGGCGAUUUUACUUAAAUUCGUUCAUUUUCAAUUGUACAUUUAGAACAAACAGUUAAUAUUACUUGUAGUUCUUGGAUUACGUCAUAUCCUUACCCUCAUUAUGUUUAAAAAACGUUUUUACUAAUAAGCUGAUACUUCGAUUUCGUUGUCAUUUCGCGGUUUUUAGCAGCAAAUUUUAGCAUUUUGGAAAGAUUUGAAAUAAAAAGGCCGCCAAAAUGAUGACUGUCUCACUAUGUAUAUAAUAAACGCAAUACCACAUGAAAAGUGCUUCGUACUAUUUUUACCUCGCACUUUCCAUGAAGUAUUCUCUAUAUCUAGAUCUGUGAAAAGUCGUGUUUCUCCUUUUACCGCUGCUUUUACUUAGGGCCAUUCUCUUUUUUUCUCCGUUUAUCGUCGUCCGACCGACCCAAAUUUUCGGGAUUUUCCAAAAAAAAAAAAGGAACGACGUAGUUAAACCAUUUUUCACUUGAAAUAAUUCUUUUAAUCUGAAAAAUAAGCAUAGUAGCAGCAUAGAGAAAAACUGCAACAAAAACAGGAGCAUUUUGUACAGUAUAUUGUGCAUUUUGUUAGUCCAAAUACAUAAAUCUUUUAACGUCAUCCUGGGGUACCAAGGCCUCCUAUACCGAGACUUCUUGUGAUUUAUUUUUUUAGGUUUUUUUUUUCAGUCCGAUCGACCGACCCAAUAUCAGGAUGGCCUAGUACUAAAAAAAUAUUUUCACAUGUAGUUUUUAGCCAGUUUUUCAAAUGGGAGUGAAUUUUAGUAUUAAAUUUACGUUAUUCACAGGUGUACUUGCUCUUAAGGUUAUUAUGUUUCCUACUAGUCCUUCCCUUCUGCUAUCUUCGUGUCUGAUCAUGAUGACUUGUAUCCAGUGUAAAUGGAUUAAAUAAGUCAGUCGUCUUUUUAUUUCAACAGACCUCUUCAUACCAAUGGAUGUGGCAAUUGCAAUAGAAAAUUCAAGGACUACAACAAGCAGUGCCUUUAAUGAUGUCAAGACGUUCCUCAAAAGACUUAUUCGUAGCAUUUCUAGCUCGGAAAACAACAUUCAUUUCUCGCUACUUGAAUACGGGAACAAUGCUACAGUUCUGACAGAUUUCCGAAAGUACAGAGACGAGCCAUACUUGGAAAAGAUCAUAGACAACAUACCAAAACGCAACGACUCUCAGAGAAGAGUAGACAUUGCCUUAAACACGACCAAAGAAAAGAUCUUUAGCUUAGAAGGAGGAAUGAGGCAAGGUUAUCCUCGGUUCCUUAUAUUCAUUGCUUCGAACGACUCCACGUCCACUUUUAGUUUCCACGAGGGAGCAGCAAAACAACUCAGAGACUUGGGUGUGACUAUUGUCGCCAUAGCAACCAAUCGUAAUAUCCCUCGCUCAUUUUUGGAAAAGUUAGCUGGUAAUAGUAGUUUUGUUUACAAAGCUAAUGAAGCAAACGAAAUGAGUGAGGUAUUAAGCGAUCUCACCAACAAGAUGUCUGCAGGUAAGAGACUCUUUUACUUGUAGUUCAAAGACAAAUAUAUCGUUAACCUGUGAACAAACAGAGAGCCUGUUUAAUGGCUAAUAUAUCGUAAAUGAUCCAAUAAUACCGGGCGUCUGUUUAAUUUUCGGGGUCCAUGCGGUGGCGUUUAAUAGAUAAGAGGCGUUUUAAAAGAGAGAGGCGUUCGUUCUCGUAACUGUAACAAACUACUAGAUAAAACUGAUACGGUAUGCGCUUGGCGAAAAUCCAAUCCAUCCGUCUUUUGACGCUCUUUAUCCUUGCUAAGCACUUUGUGCAAGAAGAAAAUUGCCGGCAUACCGAGCACAGUAAUCAAGAAGAUCGAAGAGCGCUGGUUACUUUGAACCAUUCUGUAUUUUAACUAUUCUUAUAUUUUUUUAAUUUUCUGGGCCCGCAGUAACUGGCCCAGGCUGUUGCGGAAUUCCUGCCACGUUUUCUUUGUUACUUCGUUUGAUUACCUGAUUGUAUUUAUAUUAUGUGGCGAAGCUAAUAAAAUAAAAAAUAAAAUACAAACUUAACAUUCAACGAUAUGCAAGGUGCAAUCCUCUGUUAAUCAAUCCAUGAACUGUUUUGCCAUUUCGUAGUAUUUUGGAGUAAUUUUAAGAAUAGAAAGGAGGCGGCGUUUAUUACCCUGUUAAUUUUGUAUUAGACGCCUCUGUCUAGGAAGGGCGUUUAUUAGAUAAUAGGCCGUUAUCUAUUAGAUCAUUUACGGUAUGUGUUUUAAGGUGACACGCAGCAAAUUUGUGUUUUAACUGUUUGGACACAUUUCCUAGAUGUUGUUAGACUGAAUGCCUGUAUGACGAUGGCAGCAAAAACGCCAAAAAAAAGAGAAAGAAAUAGGUUCAAUGAGCAAAACACGAACUCUUCACAUGCAUCACCGUUUUUAUUCAAUUCUUUGCUGUCAAGGCACGACCACGAAGUCAAUUUUACGUUUUAUGGAGGACGUGAAACCAAGACAACGAUUAUUUUUUCCAGUUUUUGAACCCGCUGCGUACAGUCCUUUAGAAUGCAACUUCAGAAAUACUCCCCAACAGCUGACAAAUCAAACGAGAUGGAAUAAUUAACAAUUAUUCCUCCAGCCCUAAUUGGCUCUGAGUCAAUAGCCCAUUUGGCCGAACGAAUGGGCUAUUGACACAGAGGCCAUGAGGGCGAGAGGAAUAAUUGUUUUAUUAAGAUCCAACUAGUUGGUCAAAAAUAUCGAGAAUAAAAAACUUUUAGCUAGUUAAAGCUAAACUUUAAUCCUUUUUUGCCGCCAAAAAGCCCGCGCUUUUCGCUACUAGUGGGCUAUAACAUAUAGCCUAGUAGUAGCUCAACCAAUCAGAACGCAGCAUUGAUAAUAGACCACUAUUUAGAUUUUACUAAUAGCGGUGAAGUUUGAAACCGCGCGAAUUCACUUUUAAGGUGGCGUUUUCUUUGUCGUCGCCGUCGUGGUUACUUAAGCUCCCUUAAGGUGGUGUUACACGUGACGAUUUGCACCGACGAUUUUUUAGCAUUAAUGGUGGAACAAUGUUGUAACAAUUCGAAACAAUGCCGAACAAUGUUACAAGCUCUGACGCAUUGAAAAUCGUCCUUGCGAAUCGUCCAGUGUAAUAUGUUAGGUUCUUUAACUGUGACAUUUUCUCCUAGAGAAACCUGGAAAGUGCCCAGCUUUGGAAUUCCUUGAAACCCCUGACCCGCUCUUGUGUGAAGCUAUAAAACCCGACCCUAACAAGACAGUUCUUUGUGGACUCUCUGCUGAAUCAAAACACGAUUCUGACUGCCCUGGCGAGUCUAAAUGCUGCUUGGAUCCUCUUACGGGCUGUUUUCAAAAGUGCAUUUACCCAGUCAAUGGUAAUGUUCUCUUUUCGUUUCGCUUAUGUUAGUUAGACGAAAGAAGAAUCUUUGUAUUUUUUCUUGUACUUCUUUGCCAGUAACUUCCUUGUAUUAAGGAGCAAGGAUAAGCACAGUCGGUUAAUGUGAGGUCUUCUGCGUGGGAAGUUUCAAGUUCGAUUCCCAGUGUGCCCUAGUCAUAUCCUUGUGUUGACUUCUUUCUUUUUCGUGUAGUUUUAAGUAGCUUUAAAUACCCGUAUAGACUCAGCCCGGGGCCGGACCAAUUGUGAGAGUGUUAAAAUAACUGAGAAAUGAAGGAACUCUCUUUGCCCUGCAAGCGGCUAGACCUUUACGUGGUUCGGAUGACCACGUAAUAUGACGAUCCCUUCUCCAGUAGGAGACGUAAAAACAGUGUCCCCAAUUAGUACUUUCGUGCUAAAUACAUUGACACUCAAAUAAAGUGCAUCUUUUUUUCAUAUCACUUGGAGAUAUCGUCAAAUCAAGGAAGACAACCUGUUAAAGCAGGACUUAUACGAUUUGUUCGGAGGAGUUUCAAAUGUACAGUCUAAUCUAAUCCACAUUCUAUUAAAGAAGGGUGGUGGUUUAAAUCAUUUUCUUGGGAGAUUGUAUUUCUAGUUUUACCAAUUUCACAGCCUUCUGUCACUGUCACCUACUGACACAUUUCAACCACGUUUCCAUUUCAGCUUGCAACAAAACCUUCGACUUGACAAUAGUGUUAGAGAAUUCGGCUCAGAUCGGUGAGUCAAAUUUUGAGGAGAUCAAAGCAUUUGCCAAGCAAUUUGUGAACGCCUUUGAAGUCACGGAUGAAGGCACUCAUGUGGCAAUCAUAAGCUAUGGUACCAGACCUCUUGUCCAUGUUCUCUUUGACUCGUUCAGCGGGCCUGCACUCACCAAGAGACUUGUCACCGACGCAAUCGACGAGAUUGACUUUCAGAGUGAUCGUCGUGUGUCACCAAGUCAAGCGCUUAAUGAGGUGCUGAAUACAGUUUACGCCGAUGGUAAUGGCGCCAGGAAUGGUACAAAUAAGGUGAAGCCCCCACAUUUUUAUUUUUCAUCCACUCUAAAAAUAAUUACAACUUUAACCUGCGUAGCAGGCGUCGAAAGGGGUAGGGGAUAGGGAAAAAGGGAAAAAGGGAAGGGGGUAGGGGAGAGAGGGGCUCCCUUCCCUUUCCCCUCUUUCGUGCUUUUCUCCCUCCCCCUCUCCCUCCCCCUCUCCCUCCCCUUUUUCCGCCUGCCACGCAGGCUAUUACAACUUAUACGCGUAGCUGUUCCAAGGCCGAUUAGCCCUAACCCAAGAUUAAAUUUUUAUCUGGGUUUCUUUUUCUUUUGUUCAAGAGCAUUUUCCUAGAUAAUUGUCUCUGUUCUUUUUAUAGCAUUUAAUCAUCAAAUUAAUUGUAGACAGAAAAAACAAACAAACAAAACUGACCCUGGCUUAUCUUUACCCUUCUUCGAUCAACCCGGCCCUGAAGUAGCCUGCGCCACGGACGAAACUAAACUUGUGGUAAAGUCCGUCUGCGAACAAGCGCUGAAAUGCUUGUUGUUGUGACCAGGAUUUAAGUACGCGCUAUAUGAAUAGCAUAUCAAAAAAGCCAUCGGCAAUUUGCCAACCAUGUUGAAGGGAAAUUCGAAACGCAUUUUUGGUAAUUCGUUGAGUCUGUUUGGGUUCAACAACGAGAAUGUCAGCGCUGAAACGGAGGCAUUCAGAAGCGCCUACACAGCACGAUAUAUUAUGGAUGCUUUCAAUAUAAAAAAAGAAAACUAUAAUACAAAAGAAAAGGUAAAUAGAUAACUAAGACACGGUAUUCUUAAAAAAGUAAAACUUAUUCUUUUUAACCGUUAGUGGUACACUUACCUUCCUGACCUCAUGAGGUAGGCUACUCUGCUGAGAUAAUCAACCCAGAAAUAGUCUUUUAUAUGUUACAGUUUCCUGCAUGUAGUCUUCUUCCUGAAACAUUUCAAAACAUUUUUUCCUGACGACUGGAUGUGACUUGUGGAAUUGUUACUCUUUUGGCUUUAAAUGGGCUGUCACGUUAUUUGCAAUUAAGAAAGCUAGAAAGCGUCUCCCGCCACAAUCGAAUAGCAAAUACAACGGUCGAGUUUUUUAACAACUGAAGACUAUAGUAAUGAAAGUUGAAAUGAUCUAUGCAGUUGAGUUAACAACCUAAGUGGUUGAAAAAGAACCUGAAAAAUUUCAGACUUGACCAGAAAUAUAACUCCGACCUUUGCGAUGACCGUACUCAACACUCUAUCCAUUACGCUAAUCAAACCAUCUGGAGAGCAAGCCAUUGCGAGUCCGUAAUAUACCCAAUGGUGGUGAACUGCAGUUAAAGAUAUGAAAGUAGAAAUGAUCCUUUCAGUUGAAUAAACAUUAGGGGUCGAGUAUAUUACGAAAUUGCUAUCAAUUGCCAUUUGCACACCAGAUUUGCAAAGAAUCCUUGAUAAAAUGACGUUUCUCCUCAGACAGUCGUUCUCAUAACAGAGGGAAAGUUUUUGGAUCCAGUGGCUGCUCAAGGAGCCGCGCUACAAAUUAGAUCAAGGCCUGCGGAUUUAUUCAUCGUCGCUAUUGGUGAAGACCCGGAUGUGAGCAGCCUCGUGAAAAUGGCUUCGCCGCCUGUUGAGAACAAUGUGUUUAUGACAACCACGCCCAACGCUUUGCAAGCCCACUUGCGAGCACUCACGGAUACAGUGUGUAAAGGAGGUAGGAGGGGGAGCCAAUUUCUUCAUAUUCUAUGAAUACCUGAUUUGGUAAGACGCGUUGUUAAAGUUAGAAAAAUAACGAAUGUGGUUUUCGGUGCCUUGCCUAUCUAACUCUGCCACGCGCAUCCACUCUUUCGAUUCCUUAACAUAAAUACUGUAAAUGGAUUAUUUGAGUCGAAGGUCGGUCUUCUAAUGCCUAAUGAAAACCUUUUCGUGAACAGACUGGAGAGUUAUGCUCUUGUAGUGUUAUGAUUCUCAGAAAACCGUCAACUAUUUACAGCAAGAUUUCACUAAGCUGAACUGAGCUUAGCAAAGACCGGCCUGGUACAGUUUAUUUAAUAUACAGAGUCUCUAGUCAUUAAUUUGAUUUUUCAUUACUUUCCAGCUGAGAAGAUCAAAACGGUAAGUGAAAUGUCUGUCUUCUAACUUCAUGGUUUACUACAUUUGUAGACUGCAAAACAGUCCGUAUUUUUGCGUAUUCAAGUACGCGCGAGCAGUCAAACAAAAGAUCUGGAAUGAGGCUGAAAACAGAGAGCGAGACUGGGGAGAGACGCCUCACACGCCCUACGGGCGUGUGAGGCUCGCGCGCUUCGCGCGCGUAAGACUCUUACGCCACGCUUUACCGAUUUCUUUACUGAUUUUGAGAAAAAAACCGACUGUUUUGCAGUCUACUACAUUUGUCUUUGUAUUAAUUGGAGAUGGUAUAUUGCCUCGCGAGUGAUUCCGCAGAAAGGUAAGCCUUUUACAUUUGGUCUCCAGAUUGAACCCUAGUUUAAAGUGGUGCACAACAAGCGUUAAUUAAGGUUACACUUAGGUAUUUUAAAGGUGUCCUGUUCUCAUAUUGAGUGUGACUACUGUCGCCUUUAUGGCCUCACUGCCGGUUACAAUUGGUAAAAUAAAGCUGAUUUUGUGACGUUAUGUGAUUUGUUCGACGUGACCGAAACACGGUGUCUUGCAUUGUCUUCAACUAACCUGUGUACCAUUUAUUUGGAAUCUUAUACCAGCUUGUACAUCAGCUUUUUCCAAAUAAUUCAAAAUUACAAAACAGCCAGCCGUUACUACCACGACAGGUUAUAUAGAGAUAAUUAAACAUAGGCAUACAGCAUUUACUUCUUAUCUUCCUUCUCUUUUCAUCAUUUUUUAUAUCAUAUCCAUAUCUAGAAACUCUUGUCUGCUUCCUUCGUGUAACGUGCCGAAACGUGUCUUAAAGCCAUAGAAUUUAAGUUGUUGUUUUGUUGUUUUCAUUACUAGGUAAUCGGUCCACUUGGCGACCCCGGAAUUCCUGGCCCACCGGUAAAUCCAAUUUACGCUUGUUGUUUAGUAGACCCGUGGUAUGCGGAGGACCUCUAAUUCCCAAAACGAAAAUAAAAAUACUUAAUUAAACCGUCAAUUUGUUUAGCGUGAAAGUACUAAAUGAGGACACUAUUUUUGCGUCUUCGUUUCCGUGUGGUCAUCCGCGGCACGCGAAAGUUCUAGCCGUUUGCAAAACGAGGUAGUACCUUCGUUUCACAUUUCUAAAGAGACCUUGAGCAUUGUUCAGGCCCCAGAUUGACAUCGAACCCAUAAUUCCCACUCUGCAGUCAAACACAUCUACCGAAUGGCUCGGGGGAGAACACUGGCAACUUGAAAACCUGAGAGAAUUUACGAGGAAGUUACUCACAUUUGUUCAUUCCUUUUAGGGCCCAGUAGGACCCCUCGGACCCAGGGGAGAAAGAGGAGAUGCGGGGGAGCCGGUGGGUAUCGUAACUGGCAGCUGUUGUUGAUGGAAAGUUCGGAUGAUUAAUGAAACGGAUUCUAUGCUUAUUGCACUAAUGAAUUGAAGUACACCCCUAACUGAGUUAUUUUGGAAACAAUUGAACUUUUUUAACGAAGACAACAACCAAUCACAAAUUCGUUCCCAUGUUAUCUUUUUGUACCCAAUAGUGAUCUCAGUAAAUUAAGAGUUUAUCCGGCCUUCUGAACUCGGUACGAUAUGACCUUACAGCUUAUGAUGAUGUGAAUGAUGUUCGUGAUCAUUCAACAAGUCACGCCAACUGCUGUUUUCCAAUCUCGAAAUCUUGUCGUUUCACUUUGCAGGGAGAAGCUGGUGAAACCGGACCUCCUGGGCCUCCCGGACCCCCGGGACCGCCGGGACCGCCUAGUAGAUCGGAGAGGCGCCCCCGACGUUCUGUUGUAAGUAUUUCCCGUUUCUGGAGGACUGAUCAUUUGUAAACGAUACAGGGCUCGAACACUGAGUUCAUCAUUCAACUUGAACAUUUCAUAUUGUGGGUACCAAACCUUUUUUCGCCGUACGUAUUUGAAUAACAGCGGUCAGCCUAAUCCAAUUUAAGUAGGGCCAAAUGAUCUUUUAAACGCGUUAGCGAAGAAAUACAUUGUCAAAGGCUGAUUUUGUAUAACGUUGCGACAAAAACUUAAGUAAACACAAGAAUGCAAAGAAUAAAGCUUUCGCUAUGAGGUCUUAUUAAUCGCACUACCGAAUUCAUGUUCCUUUUUGUAGUUAGAAAAGCUACACUGUCAGGUAUCUAUAACUUGAUAUCAUAAGUUAAUAUCGCGCCAAAUAAAAUGUUUUAGUGGCUGUCAGAAAGUGUAAAAGAAAACAAACUAAACAAAGGCUCGAUGAGCCUAAAAAGGCUAAUUUAGCUCUUGGCGACCGUCUACAUUUUUCCUCUCACAAAAUUAUUAAAAGAAGCCAAUGUUUAGUAUUCAGGAUAUGGCGCAUAACAUCCUCUUCUUUUUCUUCUCUUCCAGAAAGGACCCAAUGAAAAGGGCCCUGAUCCAGGUUCAGUUAAUACUGCGGGCUCGGAUGUACAACCUAUACAGGUAAAAAAUCUGACGUAUUACAUCUUAAAAAGUUGAUUUCAGUCUUGUCUUGGCUGCGGGACGUGAACAUUUUAUUAUCAUCUUCUUUUUCCCUAAAGCCUUUAUCUCAGCGAUGAUGUUUCAUGUGGCAAAUAUUUAUCCUGCAGUUCAUAUAUAUCCAAUUUUAUAUCCAUUCAAAGAGAAAAGACGGCAAUUUAUUGUUGCUAGAAAUUUCUGUAAGUCGUAACUGUUCAUCAGUAGGAUGGCUCUAUUAAAUCCAUAUAUGCUCACUUUCAUGUCUUCAUCUUUUACAGGUAUAUUACGACCUCAAAAAGUUCACAAAAAUUCACUUUCUCUCACUUAACCCCAUUUAAUUUUUUCAGUUUAAAAAAUCAAAACGCAUACUCGAGAGAAACUGUUUGGUAUGUUAAUUAUACGAAAAUACGUUUAUUCAUUUACCUCCGAAUUCACUGUAAUACCCUCUCCGAACUCUGCAGCUAAACUAAAAAAGACCACUCAGUGGUAUUGAAGUUCAUUAUCGAAUUUGUCCUCUUUCUGUUCCAUGUUAUUUAGGGUCCUCCUGGAGAACCUGGUCCACCAGGACCACCCGGAUUUCGAGUAAGUUUUACGCGAACCUCUUUUCAAGACGUUGUUAAUUGCAGUUUUUUUGCCUUAAGAUACUUGCAGCAUUUUUCGCAACGUUUUCCGGAAAAAUUUUUUAUCCGUUUUCGAUCAUACUUUUUUUUAUAUUUUAUCAGGGACUUCCUGGUGUUCGUGGAAAUAGAGGUCCAGUCGGAGCGAGAGGGGAGAUGGUAAGUAGCAAAAUGUAACCUGCUAAUAACCAAUCACGAGUGAGGUUCAUAAUGCACUAACCGGUAGCAAUCACAGUGCUUCUCAUAGGCACACUGCAUUGCGAAUGAUUUCUUGAGAAAUUAGAUUCCGUUGGUCUUGAAUAUUAUCUGUUAGGUGAUUUGAAUUUUAACCUGGCUUCUUUACAAUAUAAUUUAAAUACUCGUCGCAUAUGUGAAAUUUCUGAUUUAUGUGGGUUUUAGGGCGGGGAACAAAAACAGGAGAGGUCUCGUUUUCUCCCUUUCCCCCACCCCCAGAGUCCCCCAGACAGCUUGCUCGCAGGCUAUCUUUCCUUUUCCGUUAAUAUAUGGCCCGUGCACAUCGCGCUUGGACCACAAAUCAACUGGAAAGAACGCGGUCCGUAACUAAAAGUAUAGAUCUCGAACUCGGUUAGCGCUAAACAGGUAUUAUUAAUAUCUUUUGCAGGGCAAUGUUGGCUAUCCAGGCCUUCCUGGAUUAGAGGGAAAGCAAGGUAUAGAGGUAAGUCUGAAGAAAGAAAUUAAGGCAUUUUAGAAUUAUUCAAGUAAAUUAUUCGUUGUAUGUUAUACGUUUUAUUCUCGUUUGACAGUUUGAACAAGUCGCAUUUCUCAUUUGCUUUGUCUAAUCAUUUAGAAAUUCAGAAGAAAUCACGAUAUAUAUUUUUAAAAAUUUAGCGUACAUCAGUUAAAUAUUUUUAUUGUACUUAAAUAUUGCCUGUUCUCUUGGGAACAAACUGCGCACUAAAAUACGACAAGAAGGCUGGCCCUUCCAUUACCCUUUUCUUGGCCGAUUUCAGGUUUCCAUUUCUUUGUCCUUCGGCCGACCUUGAAACAUCGCGCCGCGCGAAAGAAAAAACCUCUGGUACCCCGUGUACUUUUCCACUAUAUUUUACAGUACGAUAGAGCGCGAUACAAUUCAGUGCGUUGUUAUAAUUAACGCCAAACGAUAAUGUGAAUAUCCUGAAUAUCUAACCAGCAAAUUGCUCAAGGAAAGGGAAAAAAAAGAUCUGUCGCGAUAAAAGUUAAUAGGGCCUUAUUCCCUAGGAACGGCUUUAUGUUUUCUGGAGGGCGGAAAACUGAUCAUCUUUCCGUUGCGCUUCAAAUCAUACCUUCAUCUGACCAUUUGAUUAAAAAACCCCUGUUUUCUCACAGGGUUGGCCAGGAAAACGAGGCAAUCCCGGUAGACCUGGCGAUGCUGGUCCCAAGGUGAGUUUAUACUCUAGAGGACAUUUUCCAGAUUCGUAAAUUUUUUUGAUUAAUUACAUUUGGGAUAUUCGGAUUCAUUCACAAGCCUAUACACACAUCAGUUAAUCGGUGAUCUAAAGUAUUUACCUUUAGAUUCCGUAUUCAAUUCCGUAUAUCUUCGCACGUGCGACCAAAGUGGGACGUUCUAAUUUCGGAUACGCGCAUCUUAGAGCAAGGGACUGCUUAUAUGAUACCGGAAUGACUUCGGGAAUUAGUGUCGUUCCAGAGUGAAGCUCGUACUGUAUUGAGAUGAUAAAAUGGAACGGGUUAGGCUAGGGCGUUCUCGCUCAGCAGAUCAGAUAAGCAUGCGCCACUCACCCCAGACUACAUGAUUUGCGAUUCUCAAUCCGGAACGAAGUUCGUUUCCAGUUUACUUGACAUCAGAAUGAAAUUUCGUACCAGAACGAGAAUUUUUGAACUUACUCUGGACUGACUUGUACAGGAACGAAAUAUCGUUUCGGUAUAAUGUCAACAAACACAGAAUAUAAUAUGGAGGUGGAAUGAACUCGUCCCAGAAUAAAAGUCAUUCCGGUAUAAUGUGAAUAGCCCCUAAACGGCAAAUAUCCCCGUUGGUGGUUUACACGGGCAAAUUUUGUGCAACAAUUUUUAUUUGCAGUUCAUACUUAAAAAUUCUGUAGGUGACAGUUUCAGAAAAACCUGAGAGCCACUGUUUAUGUGGCAAAUAGUCAUACGUUCAGAGUUUCCACUUACAUGAAGGGCUCUAUUUUGGCACGUAACAUUUCCACCCAAGAUUUCCUCUAAUGUGCAGGAUUUGAAAACAAUGAUAUAACGUCAUGUUAAUUCUUAUUGUACUUUUUACGUAAGCUAACUCGUUUUAUUGAAUUCGUUUAAUCACGAUUUAUACUUGUUUUUUUAGCCAAGUUUGCUGCGAAAUCUUGAGCAAGACCGAUACAUUCCGUUUUUGGUGAUCUAUGGCUGGUUCUGAUCAUUUUGUUUGCAAUAUAGGUUUUGCACUGAAAAAAGUGAAAAACUAGUUCUUUAAUUAAAACGAUCAGUUCGAUGGAGGAAUGGAGGAGGAACCCGUAUUCGUAUGUGCAUGUAAUCAAAUGGUGACGAGUGAAAUUAGGGAAUAAUUUCACGCGCGUUUUGUCCAAAUCCUAAUAAUUUCCCGAGCCUUCAGGCGACGGAAAUUAUUAGGAUUUGGACAAAACGCAAGUGAAAUUGUUCCCUAAUUUCACGAGUAUACCAUUUGAUUACCUAUUAUUAUCAUGGGUGACGAAUUACGUUAGCAAUCUUGGAUUUUUGACAUGUUUAUCCUGGAUCGUAUCGAUCGAGAACUCCAUUCUCUCAAAUGUUUAGACCUUAAAUUUGGCUUAUAAAGUUCAGAUUUUUCAGACUUUUUCGGCAAAAUACCUGUUAGAAUCCUUCUUGAUGUUCUCUUGUGUGUUCAGGUUUUCUAAAACGUCUUUUUGUGCCCUGACAUCUUCAUUCACGGGAUUUUAAAACUUCGUCGCCAUCUUGACACUGAGACGUACGGAAGGGUUGCCAUGGCAAUUUUGUAAUUUCACAUGUGAAAUUACAAAUUAACGCUGAAAUUUCGCGCCAAAAUUAAGGAGUAAUUCGUCACCUAUGAUAUUAAUUAAGAAAUCAUGGCCCAUAUAGCUGUGGCUGUCGCAGCUUGGUAGCGUGGCGGCGACUGGGCCGUUCAACGGGCAAGCCAUCUAAAAUUAAGAUUCAAAGGAAAAUAAACAAACUAUACGAAACCACUCAGAUAUUCACGGACAGCCCACGGCUUCUGCAACAGAAACAAAUACACUAGAACCUUGAUGUAGCGUAACCCUUUACAACAUACACCUCAGUAUGAUGGAAAUAAUCAGGCCAGCUGUGGUAUAAUUUUGUGAACAAGGACACUGAUACAACGCCGUACCUCCGUUAUAACAUCCACGUUUUCCGGUUCUAUGGCUGCUUGUUUUUUUCAAGGCUUAAACUACGAGUUUCCAGUUUUUAUUCGUUAUUUGUGUGUUUUUGUAGGGACCAAUUGGUGACGCGGGACAACAGGGACAUCCGGGACAACCAGGUCAUCCUGGUGAGGAAGGUACGACCGGGCCGAGAGGAGAAAGGGGAGAGGAAGGAGUAACGGUGGGUUGAAAAUGAUUUCUUUACCUUGUUCCCACGAUUAAGUACUUAAUUUUAGUGUAAGGAAGAAGAAAUUGCCUGCGGUAAUUUAUUGUGGUCAUCUUGCGCCCGGAGCCCUCUUGGCAGGAAAAUCUGAAACAGUCGAUGCGAAAAUAUUUGAUUAGUCAUAUGACCCUCUGCCCACCCCUACAGGUAAGCUAAUGUAAAAUGUGUCGUUUAGAAUACGAGAAUAGGAGAGGGGCGCGUAACGGUCUUUAAAGAAAAUUAGGAGCUUUUCCAUAACGAAAUUUAAAACAAAAAGAGGUUUUGAAUUGUAAACUAUACAUUGAAAUUCUGUGGUUCUAAUCGUUAGAUUUCUCCGUUCUCAAGGGCGCACAGGGAUUACAGGGAAAUCCAGGAAAGAAUGGCAAACUGGUAGGAAGAGUUUAAAUUUGUUAUACUAUUUUGGUACACCUAACCUACUUGGCUUUGUUAAAUGUAAAUCAGCGCUGUGAUACGUUCCUUGUUUCUUGUUUUGUUAUCGUUUUUGGAGGAUCAGAAGACUUCCCUGACAAUUAACUGGCACCUGUUGCUGGUCUACCUUGCCCUAAGACUCUCUUUAUAUUGAAGAAGACGCCAUUCGCUUGUUCACUUGAGGAUUUGUUCGUACUUUUUCAGGGUAAAGCUGGUCCUACUGGUCCUCUUGGAAGUUCUGGAACGAUUGGUGCCCCUGUAAGUGAACUAUUUCCUUUCGCAAUCGAAUUCACAUUCCCAUGUCAAAGUGAAGACACUUCCAACUUCCGACGAUAAUUUGUUUUUAAAAUUUCAGGAAUUUUUUUCUUCAAGCCAAUGUCUAUUUUCUUGUGGCUUUUAUACUUUUGUCACAUUAUUAAUAGUUUUGGUAUGGUAUCCUUGUCGUUUUAAAGCGGUCGUCGUAAAAGAUACGCUCCAUAGCACUCGGAUUUGUCCCAUUUUGUUUUCCUAUAAUCUGCUAGCCAGUCAAAUUGUCUCAUUUCGUGAAGAGCUCAAGUCAAGGUAAUACUUUAUGUAAUCUGAUUUGUUUUAUUGCCCUAGGGUACACCCGGUGCUAAAGGAGUUGAAGGUUCUGAAGGUAACCAGGUUGGUAAACAGCUUGAAACUUUCAGAUUUGAUCUUAGCUCUAAGGUGAAAUAUUUUCCAACAUUGUUUCGUUGAAGCCAUUUAUUGCCUGAAUUUCCUGUCCUCCGUUAAUUUCUGAUUAGCUCUUGUGAAUUCAUGGAGCUGUAGAAAAAUUUUAUGAAUAGAGCUACUUAAGCCCUGCAUCUACUAUUUAUUUUAGUUAGACUACUUCUUUAUAAGGGACGUAUAAGCGCUGACAUUGCGUGUAAAUAUAAAACCUUUGAAUUGAUACAAAAAUGCAAAGUCAUAUGUUUAAAAAUUUAGUGCCAUAUUAACUGAUACGAAUUUUGUUCGUAGGGCACUCAAGGUCCUCCCGGCACUCCGGGUCCUCCCGGAUUAGCCGGUCAAAAAGGAGAAAACGGAAAACCCGGCCUUGUGGGAUACGCUGGUUACCAAGGUGACACUGGGGAAAUGGGCCCCAUGGGUCCAAAAGGAUCAGCGGGCACUGAUGGAGAGACUGGAACACCAGGACCGACCGGAGAAAAGGGUUCGCUCGUGAGUAAGAUCAUAGUUCUCCAUUCCUUUUCUCCUUUUGCUGUUUUUUUUUUUUUUCAUGUAUUGUAUUCUACUUGUUAAUUUCUUUAGAACUAGUUACAGGUAUGCGACAUAAGCGCAAGGUGAUGUGCAGUGAUAAGCAAAAACUUAAUGUACGUCAGUUGCACGACAGAUUGUAAAUGUGUUGUUUUGAUUGGCUUGUGUUGUAAAUGUGUUGUUUUGAUUGGACGGCGGCAUUACAACAAAAAACAUAAGGAUAUCCUCAAGAAAAAAGUACUUACUUUUGCUUUCCUUGGAAUGGUUCUCUUUAUGUCGGUUUAAUUCUUAUGAUUGUGCUUUUACACUUAAGCCAGGUCAAGCGUACCCCCGAAGAUUCCAUUUAUGAAUUCAUUAUUCGGAAGUUGAAUCCGUUGGUAGUUGUAGAUUUCAGAUUCAUCUCCGUAUUCUUGCAUGCCUAGUGAGCAGUGAAUUCACAUGCAAAGUAAUUAUGAAAUUUGUGCAAGCUCAGUUUUCUAGAAUUUGAUGUUAAAGUCUUCGAAGCAAUUUUGUCCAUUCAAAGAUAUUUCAAUCUGACCGAAUACAUUGAAGAUAUGGUAAAAAAAUAUCAGCUCAUUACGCAUUCGGGAAUGCAGAUUUGAAUUUGAUAAUGAUUAAGGCAACGACUUCCAGAUCCAACAUUCGAAUAAUAAAUUCAUUGAUGGACUCUUGGGGGGAACGCUUGACCUGGCUUGACCGUAAAUGAUUUUACCAGCGUAAGCAAGCCAUUUGGCUUUGCUGGUGACACGUUUACUGCCAUCUUUUCAAUUUUAAGGGUGAUACUGGUCCGGUCGGAGAAAUGGGCGCACGUGGAAAAGAUGGUAACCCGGUAGGACUUCAACUGAUGUUGUUAUAUUUUGAAUAAACUGGAGCAAGGAAUCAGUAUGUCAAUGAAGUAUGGUCACUGACAGAAAUUAUCAUUGAUUUUCUAUCAAUUUUUUUGGUCGUUAUUGCCAAGUGGUCAAGGGAAUUAAUUUUCUGUGGCUGAACUGUAAUUUAAAUUUUGAAUUAACAGGGAAAAAUUAAUAUUGAAAGACUUUAGUAUCAAUACAGUUGAUACUGGAAAUAAGCAUAGUAAAGAAGUUCAGAGUACGGGGCAUGGGGGCAGGAGGAGGGGGAGGGGGAGGGUUGGUAACGGAAGUGCUUUUCGAAUAAACUAACGUGACAACAUCCCUGUUCCUUAACGUCCAUUUUUAUUUUCUUUUAUCUAGGGUGGUAAUGGUGUGAUAGGCGCGCGUGGAUUCCAAGGAUCCAGGGUAUGACUUGAUUUUACUGCCUAUGAAAUGUAAUCAGCUAUUCAAAGAACACCUUUUUCACCCAUUUAGAUAGACACUUUGAAGCUUUAAACUGUUCGUGUUCAGACAUUUUUACUGAUCGAAGUUGUUUUCCAUUGUGCCAAAAUUCCCGAAAACGGUGUAAGUAGAUGAUGACGACUGAAAUUAGGAAAUAAUUAUUUGCAAAUUUCGCAGUUAUACCUUAGCAAAUGUCGCCAAUUUUGGUGAUUUCACAUCUGAAUUUGUAAAUUAACUUUAAAAUCUCGCGCCAAAAUUAAGUAGUAAUUUGUCACCCACGGUGCUACGUUCGAAACAUAUUGAGAUGCGUGCCGAGGUAAUCCUUUUUGACCGGAUCAUUUCUAGUCCCUUUUCAUUGAGAAGUAAUUCAAAUUUCUGUGGAAAUGUAAAUAGAAAUGUAAAUAUUGCGGUUGAAAUGAAAAUAGAACGCCGGCUUCGAUUCAACAAUACCGGUCCAUGCAUGGCUUCUAUUCUCUGACCUAUCGGCCUGAUAUAAUGGAAAGUACCUCUUGUGUCUGAUUCUAUAUUGCUUUACACUUUUCUUUCUUGGACCAACAUUACAGGCCUUUUAUCUUUAUGCGACCGUCACCUCAACUCCACUAACGGUCAGAGCGAGACUUAUAUGACCCUCGACCACCAAACUGCCAGUCCAGAGUUCGGACCACUAACGAGGAGAUCACUAACAUUCUAACUGUUAGGUUAACAAUUCACCAUACGCAUUAUCCGUCUGGACGGAUAAUGCGUCCUCUAGUAUAAAAACGGCCAUUGUUAGUGUAUUUUAAUUGUUCUUUUAGGGGAGCCCUGGAGAAUCCGGGACGAAAGGAGGACUAGGAGACAAAGGAAAACCAGUAAAGAAUCAGAUUUUUAAGUUUUUCUUGAAAUUAAAAAAUAUUUUCCUCUUUGAUGUUAACUAAUGAUCAUUGUUAACGUUUCAGGGCGCAACUGGGAUGCCAGGUCGGCCAGGUAUUCCUGGACGAAGAGGAAAAAGGGUAAGGAUUAGAAUUACCACUUGUGAAGGUAGUUCCUGUAAUCAAUCGGGCGAUCUGAUGGUUCUCCUUCUGUAUGUUCAUCAGCUCAUGCUGAUCAUCAUCAUAAUCGUCAUUUAUUUACCUUGUCUCGAUCACAGUGCAAGUUUACAGCUACGUUAGCUUUGGCGUGGAGACCUCCAAGAAAUCACCAGGCUUAUAAGAGUAGUUGAUUUAUAUAAUGGGAACAGGGUCUAUUUAGAACUCGCGUAGAUAUCCAAGCCGUUUUCAGGCGUCAAGGAUUGCUAAAUUUCUGCACUAUUUUCAAACUACAGUAGAAUUCAAAAUCGACGAGGUUUUCUUAGUUAUCCGUAGCUAUUAAAUGAAAGGAAAUUCCUACAAAAGUGAAUGAAAAUGCAAAGAUAUGAAAAAUUUUGCUUAAAGGGCUAAAAGAAAUGGGCAAAAUCCCAUCCCCUCUGAUGUUUCUGCCAUUCUACUUUAUAAAAGAAAAUUGUGAUCGGCGUUUCAUCUAGUUUUUCUUACUAAAUCAAUGUAAAGAAAAAGAUUGAAUAAAGUUAACUGAAUAUCGUGCGCGUCAAUGGAUGUUAUGUAACUCUUGUUUUUGACCUGAUCGCAAUAAACAGAAGCAAGACGAAAGACAUGUGAGAAAGACUUUCAAGUUGUAAUUGACUACCUCAAUGAAGAUUUCACAAUAAAACUUGUCCUUUAGAAGCAUUUACUCCUGUAUCAUGAAAAACCAUGUCUCUCAAACUUAUUUAUUUCAGGGACCGUUCGGCGAUACUGGAGCAACAGGGGGUGCAGGCAUUGUGGGUCCUCGGGUCAGUAAAAGCGCGCGGCGUGUUACUUCUACGCUGCAGUUAGCAUGUCAUUUCCAUUCAUGCGUUUGUUUAAUUUGAAUUCAGCCUUACAUGAACCUUUCAAUAAUGGUUUCUAAGAGGCAUUUUACGGGAUUACUUUUUUGUUACAUUCAUUUAUCCUUAAUGUGCGGGGACACUGCCAUGCCCAUUAAAAAUCUUCCUGUAGUUAUUUACACAAACGUUUCAUUUAUAAAUUACUGUGUAGAAGUGACCGUGAAGUUUAACGGUACGAUUCCUUUAUAGGCAUCUCCAGGGCCGCGAGGAUACAUGGGACCACCAGGAGAGCGAGGAACAAAGGUCGGUUUUCUUUUGGAAGGGUGAUCGUCUUGAGAUCAUUUAUAUGCAUACUUUUUGUUGUUGUUGUUGCGUUUUAUGUAUAUUUUCUUUGUUUAGGGAGAGUCUGGGGUACCAGGACCGCAAGGAAACUCGGGACGGCAAGGUGAUAGGGUACGCUCCCUUUGUGACUAUGUGCGAUAUUAGGGUCCUUAAGCAACGAUGACGACGAUGGCAACGAGAAUGGCAGGAAAGUAAUAGGUUUAGAUUGGCAAAACCACAAGCCUGCAUGAGCACGACGCUUUUUUGUACAUUUCUUUGCCGUCGUUGUACGACUACGACGCUUCCUAGUUUCACUUCUUGUGGAGGACGUGAACGCAAGGCAACGAUUUCUUUUUCUUUUUCUUAACUGAAAUAAAGUCCUUUAGAAUCAACUCCAGAAGAAUCCCCCAACAUUAAGCAAAUUCUAUAACAUGGAACAAGAAUAAUAAAGUUUGAAGCAACGCGAGCUCGCUUUCCAAGUGACGUUUUCGCUCCCGUUGCCGUCGUGGUUGCUUGAGCUCCCUAUUGGUUUAAGACAGGAAUUGCAAAUAUACCCAGUGUUCUUACAGGUACACACGUUGAGUUUUCUUCGUUAUGCUUUUGGAAAUGGAAAAAACACACGAUGUUCUCGGUUUCUAAUUUAUUGCGCGUUGGUUACACGACAUAAAAAUCUCUCACUAAAGUAAAAUUUGUUCUCUAAAGAUAUAUAAUACCGCACAUACAUUUUUUCACUUAUCUAUCAGAAAACCUGUUAAUACGCACUAUACCGGAAUGUUUCAAUUACGUCACUAGAUUCUCGCGUUAACUACAACUUGCGUGUCUCACUAAUAGAGCUCUUGACAGAUUUAAUAGCACUAAUUGAAAAUGCGAUAAUAAUCAAAUAUUACUGACAACAGUUUCCGGCAAUGCACUCCUAUCCUAUUGUUUAUUCUUUUUUUGUGAGCAAAUUGAUACUCAGAAAGACUAAUACUGCCUUAUAUAAUCUUAGGGAGAUGAUGGUGAUUAUGGUCCCUAUGGAGAUCCGGGUAAACAGGUAUUGUAAUUAUUUUCAUAUGAUAACGGACGUAGAGAAGUUUGCUAGCCCAUAUUUGUUGUAUUAGAAGUUUACUUUGCUGCCCACAAAUUCUGUACAAUCCCUUUUUCUUUACUUAAGUUACCUUAGAGCUCACGUCUCACCUGGGAAUCCUAAAUACUUGAGUAUAUUUGGAAGAAAGAUUGUCAGUGACGUAUAAAAAUUUUUAUACAUUCGAAAUAUUUCUGCCCUAAUAGCUACGAGUCAUAGAUGCUGCGUUCGGACGAAUAAAGUAGCCCUACAUGGAAACGAUCCUUAGUCGUUUUCACCUAACUGUUAUAUUCUUCUUUUCAGGGUUUACGUGGCAUAACAGGGCCAGCUGGCCGACCUGGAUCACCUGGCUUACACGUAAGAGUAAUAAAAUUAACAAAUCCACCGCAGUUUUCUAUUGUCUCCGCUCUUAUAGGACACACGAAUGACGCCAAAAUGUUUAAAACUUAAGUAGAAAGUUGAAGACAUUUUGACGACAGUACUUAUAAGUCUGUAAGAGUCCAGAUAAUGGUAAGGUUUGGUUGAUUUGUUUCUUACAAUAACAUUGAAAAUGUCCAUUUCCAGCGAAAAAACUGGACGAGUGAGACAGAGAAAAACAGAUUGCGCUAUAAUUACCUCAUUUCGUCAGUCGAUACUCUCGCAAACAACGCUAUCGACCAAUGAGAAAUCGCUUGGUUAUUAAAACUACUGAAUAUGAUACCAAAGCGCUCAUAAAGGUGGAAACAGUAUUCAUUUGGUAAAUUUUUAUUUUUGCAGUUUUAUCAACUUUUUGCUUGAGCAGCUCGUUCAGGUUACUCUGUUAGCAAGACGUUUGUCUGCCGUUAAUUCCUUUCCUUUUUUUGACAGGGUGAACAAGGGGAUUCUGGUACACUUGGUGAGGAUGGUCCACCGGUAAAUACUGACGUCUUCUAACAACCAAUACGAAAUCAAUCUUGUGGGUUUUUUUGUCCACCUUGCAACUACUUGAAUCCUUUGAAAGAUACUAAAUACUGCCAAUGAAGCAACAGUAAGAAAUUCACUAUAUAACUUUUAGAUGGACCCCUGUUAAUGAAAUUCCUUUAAGAGAAAUUCCGUGAUGUUCAUUCUUUUUCAACCAAUCCUUUGGAUGUUAGGCCUCUCGUUAUGGAGUGCGUGAAACAUUUGCGAGAGAAAUAUUUUACUCUUCCGCUUUCCGUUUCAGUAAUUUUCUUUCUGAAAAUAGGGCGCCCCUGGUAACCCAGGAAUUGCUGGUCCUACUGGAGUGAAAGGGGAACAGGUAUGUAUCGACAUCUGACAAAUGGUCUGCCUUUUAAGAAACUACUAACGUGCGCAAUUUGAAACAUUACUACAUUUCUUUUUCAGGGAAGAUCUGGUGAGCCAGGACAGCAGGGAGAGGAAGGACCUGAAGGACCAAAGGUAAGCCAAGCAAGUCACCUGUUCUUCGUUUGAAGUCAAAUAGCUGUAGUUAAUGCUCUUCCUUACUUUGUAGGGAGAUCUUGGACCGACUGGAUCAAUAGGAGCACCUGGUCAUGCUGGCCAACAGGUAAAAGAAACCUUUCUGAACCAGUCCUUGAUUAGGGAGCCCUACACGUCUCUUCGCAACGGGCCACGAAUGAUGCCAUAGAAAGACAGCACCGCUAUAAUUGCUGGUGUGACCUUUUACACUAAACAUCUUCGGCAGCACUACGGAACGUUUUUGUCUUGUUUUAAUGUUGUAUGAACUGAAAUUUGCGCUGUUGUCAUUGUGAACGAUAUAAACACAUCUUUCAUUUAACUUGAACUAAAACGGAGGUUUUUUUGUGUAAUGAUGCUCUAUUCUUGCCCCUGCAGGGAUCUGGUGGAGAGCUGGGUGAAGCGGGUGCCAUUGGGCCACCUGGCGACUUGGUGAGCGUUGAUGUUAAUUAAUGCUGGUUGGUUUUUCUUUGGAAAGAUAGUAACCAUGUAAUCAUUUAAACAGUUCCAAAAACAAUUCUAUCUUGUGUCAUUUUUGUCUUUUCGCUAAGGGAAUGCCAGGAUCCCAUGGCGCAAAAGGACAAGCCGGUAGUCCCGGAGUGAAAGGUCCAAUUGGCGAUGACGGACUAAAUGGUGUUCCGGGAAACAGGGUACAUCUAUUUUCUCUUUUUAAAUUGCCUGCUACGCUUUUAUUGUUAAAUACUUUACUGAACGUCCCUUAAAGACGAAUCAUACUUUGUGAGGCUAGCCUUGAAAUUAUGCCUUGUAUCCCCCGACACUUUUUCUGAGUGUUUCUUUUUCUAAAUAUGCUUUAGGGUUCCGUCGGAAAAGGUGGCAACAAAGGUGUGGGUGGAAUAAAGGUAUGUCGUACUUUAUCAUGGUUUGGUUUUAUUUUGACUCUUGAACAUCAAAGCUGUUAACCUUUGAGACUUAAAUAAAACUUUCGCUAUCUUUUAAGGGUGCUCCUGGGGUAUCUGGUGAACGUGGGGACCAAGGAAAACCUGGAAGAACAGUAAGUCUAUGAAGCUCUGAUGGCGAAAGGUUUACAGGUAGCACUCAAAUGUUACCGGGUGCUUUGCAUCUUGCCAAACAGAAGGAACGUCAGCUUCGGUCUGGAAGAGAAUUUUCGGGAAGAAAUGGUAACGAGCUUAAGCAACGACGACGGCGACGGCAACGAGAACGGCAAAAAAGCAAUACGUUUAGAUCGGCAGAACAGCAGCUUUGUACAUGUAUCACGCUUUUUUGUACAUUUCUUUGCAGUCGUUGCACGACUGCAACGUGAAAAUGCGUAAAUGCACGUUUUGUCGAGGACGGGAACACAAGACAGCCACUUUCUUUUUCUUUUCCUGAACUUUGAUACAGUGCUACAGAAUUCAACUCUAAAAAAAUUGCCAACGUUUGACGAAUCAAACGGGAUGGAAUAAGCGCGAUAAAGUUUGAAGCAGCGUGAAUUAACUCUUAAGGUGACGCUUUCGUUUUCGUUUUCGCCGUCGUUGUUGCUUAAGCUCCCUGGUUUCUCUCCCGAGGUGGUGGUCAGUGAUCGGUCAGACCGAAACAUGCCGUGCCUUUUUUAAAACUUCUAAUUUCCAAAUUUUUUUCUCUGGGAAGCGACAAAAAUUUCGGUGGAUGUAUAAAAAGGAAGGUUUUGGUGUUUUUUAUUUAUUGAUUUUUUUUUUCUGGAAAAAUUCGGCAGGUCCUUUCAAAUGCAUAAUCGCACUCCAUUUUUCCUUGGUUAGUUCCAUUCGUCUCUGAUCGGUCGCUUUGGCAAAAUCGUACCUAGCAAUAAGCAGUUGUCUAAUAUCAAUUCAUGUCAAAUUUCUUUUUCAUUUCAUAGGGAUUUCUCGGGCCUGUCGGCGAGCCUGGGACACUGGGCAUUGCUGGACGUGGAGUAAGUCAUUGAUUGGUUCACAAAAUACUAAGUGAAGCGAAAAUAUGAGCCUAAAGAGGGAAUUUGUUUACGACACAACACAGCUGCCUUGACACGGCUAAGUGAAUUCUUGACGAAUUGAGGAAUUGCUUAACUCACGUGCCCCUUCACAGGCAGUUAACAGCUAGGCAUCCAAUUCAAAGUUUCUUUCAGUGUGACUUCUCUUUAAUGUUAUUUUAAAUUUUAUUUUCAUCAGGGUUUAAUAGGUGGCUUUGGUCCGUCAGGUAACCCUGGCUCAAAGGGUGAAACAGUAAGUAAACACUCAGCUAAUAGGCCUCUUUCAAAUUAUAAAAAUUCAUACUUGGCUCAGAGGCCCAUGGGUAUAAACCUAAAGAAAUCGCGUUGAGAUUCAUGGAUGAAUAAUUCAUUUCUUUUCUUUUGCUCCCCUCAGCUUCGGAGCCAAGUGUGAAUUUUUGUAACUCGAAACUGGUCUUUUCAUACCUAAUUACAUUGCUAAUUAUUCCUACCAGGAGCUCAUUACACGGAGUGAGCAACUCCAAUACGACUAGGCUUAUGUCACGGCUUUUUUACCGACCGGUUAUUUUUAGGCACUUUUUAGGGCACUUUUUCUUUUUCUUAUUUAGCCUAGAACUAUGAUUAGUACGACUAUCUCAUAUAUUUAUUUUAAGAUUUACUGUAGCUCUGUCAUUGAUUUUCCCAUGUGUAAUUAUGAUAAUAUUUUGUUCUAAUUAUCUCACUGAGGGAGCCCAUUCCUUAUAAGCCCGGUGGCUUCUCUUGGGCUUCCUCGCCAUGAGAGUUUAAAUAAUUAGAUCUUAUUUGAUUUGUACAAUUUAUAGCAAACAAAACAAUAAAAAAUAUAAAAAUAAAAAAUAUAAGGUUUUGCUGACUGGGGCUUAGAAGAUCUUCUAAAUCUGCCCCAAAAUCGAUAUAAAAGUAAACUGGUCGGUGUAAACACCGUAACAUGAGUACUUGGAAAGUUUCCCCCUACGGUUAUGGGCUCCUGUUCCUAGUUGGUUUAUUUUUUUUUGUUUGUUUGAUUUUUUCAACUCCAUUUUUGUGUCUCACAAAUAAUACUAAUAAUAAAAAGACAACAGGCAAGUAAGUUCAAACUGAAAAAAGGCAUUUUUUUAGUGUGAUUGAAGAAUAUGUUUAAAAGAAUUCAUUCAAAUUUUCUCAUCAUUCAAUUUUUUUGUUUUAGGGCUUCCAGGGAGCCAAGGGUGGCCGUGGCAAGCAAGGUUCCAACGGACAACAUGUAGGUAACUUGCAAAUAAACUCAGUAGUGUAGGCAAAUUUACUUCUUUGCAUACUCUUAUGGAACUUUCAUCGUUAAAGCUUUUGCUGUUAAUGAGGAUAAACCAAGUCAGAGAAACAUUUUCUAAUCCGUUGGAAUGGCAAAAUUUCCUUUACUAUUUAGAUAUUGCAAAAACGGGGAACGGGGACAAGCACGGGGAAAAGGGAAAAUGAAAAAAGAAAAAAGAAAAAAAAGGUGGGACAAAACCUAACCUAAACCCUAACCCUAUCAGUAGCUUCAUUUCCAGUUUUCUGGUUUGUUCCCAUUUUUCAUUUUCCCGUUCCCCGAGCUCGUUCCUCGCUCCACCGUCCCCGUUUAUUAACAUCGUUUCCUUUUCGACUAAUUCACUUAAAUUUAUUACCUAUAUUCUUUUGUUCAGGGUACAGAUGGUCAACGAGGUUCGCGUGGAUCCCGUGGAAACAGAGGCGAGAAAGUAAGAAAAUAUUUAACUAAUGAUUUUAUAGUGCUAAGCCAUGACGAAAGUAGUGCAACAGAUACACAGAACCGUGGAGAGGGCGAUACGAUUUUAGCGGUGGGAGCAGGCGCCCUCUGUCACAGGACACUUUGCUCAUACACGAGGAUACCGCCAGUGAAGAGAGAAAAGUUUUCGCGCGCACGAUUUUCCCUCCCCUUAUACUUUAGUACUCUUUCCUUGUAAGCUGAGUAGAGCAAAACAACAAAUUUUAUAUCCGCAAAAAUGGUGUUCUUUUUGCAGGGCCUUUCUGGGGAUGAUGGUAUUCCAGGGAGGCCAGGACGCGUUGGUGAUAGGGUAUGUGAAAAAAAAAAUGUUUAUGGUGGCUCGAUGGGGUUUUUAGGGUCAAUUCCUCCCAAGUUUGAGUACGUCGACAUUAUCAAAGAUUUGGAAUAAUUACCAUCACAGCUGUAUUAGAUAAAGAUGAAGAUUUGUUAUGAUCAGGUUGCAUUGACAUCGGAGUUGUCAUAGCAAUGAAAUGACGCCAUUACCUGGGAACUCUUUAAUCCAAAAUCUGACCUCGAAAAACCCCAUCGACCCACGUUAAACUUCAGGUGGUUUAAGUGCGAUUAAAAACCUUCAACAAAGGCACGAUUGGUAAUAGUGCAGCUUCUGAUUGGUUUAAAGGUUGCGUGUUAUCUUUUAGGCGAUCACGCAGCGCAGAGAAAAGGUGGUAACGUCUGAUACUUAACUAACAACCAGUCGAACUUUUGAAUUUGCCUUUUUUGCAUUAAGUCUUCAAAUGAUAACCGCAGACUAAUUAUACUGUCCUAUGAAUUCGUCUAUUGUUUUAGAUGCAAAACACUUAUUUCCUUUCAGUCCUCCUCCAAUUUACUUAUUUACUAAGGUUCACCAGUUCUUGUCAAGGAUACGGCAACAGCGCCUGGCGCCAAUUACUGCGGGUCCGCUGCGCGAUCGCCUGAAAGAUAACACGUAACCUUUAACAGGGCAUGUCCAGCCCUGACCAUAAAAUCCAGAGUUUCUCUAUCAGUUCUUUACCUAGUUACUUCUCAGAGGUGUGAAAGUAUGCAAAAGUCUGACAAAGACAGGAUAUUGUCACGCUUUUCCCCUAGUCACGAACCCUGUGACAAUAUCCUGACUUUGUCAGAUUUUUUCACUCUUCUACACCUCUGGGAAGUUUAGAACUAUAUAUAGAAUGACAAAUGGUUCGAUUCGUGACUACGGGAAAAGUGUAACAUUAUCCUGACUUUGUCGGACUAUUCCACACUUCUACGCCUUUCACAACUGUAGAACUUGAGCUAUGAGAAAGGAAAGUAGGGUUCUUUCACACUUCCACACCUCGGAGAAGUGUAGAAUUAAGGAUGGAAAAGGAAAGUAGGGAUCUUGUGGCCAGCGCUGGACAUUUGUGAGCGCCUGAUGAAGCGGUAGGAGACCGGUGCUUACCCACUUAAAAACAGAUUAACGCUCGGUGGUUAAUGUUGUACUCAGUUUCACUCACCCUAGAGCUCUAUUUCUGUUGUACUGUUAAUGACAACAUUAGGUGACAGACCUUUACGCUGUACCGAAUAACACAUUUAUCUGCACUCUUGUGAAAAUUUUUUUGUCGAACUCUUCAGGGUCUUCGCGGAGAUCAAGGCGGCCAAGGGAAUCCUGGAUUUGAGGGUCCAGAGGUUAGUCUGACCUUACAUGAGAGACCGUUCAUUUUUAUCAGGUGGCGGGGAAUGGUGGGAUUUGAGGGGAAGGGGGGGCACGAAAAAAAUACGGCUUUUAGGGAGGGUUCAAGUUUUGCAGUGACGGCAUCUGUAAUAAUGCAAACAGCCAACAUGCAAAAAAGGGCAGCGUUUUUGACGUGCAGAUUUUCGCUGGGAAGCAUGCCCCUGACCCCCUACUUUAUUAAGCACCAAAAAGAAAUUCUACCGCCACCAAAAUUCAAUAAACAUAACAAAUCGAACGUUUCAUUCAUCAAAAAAAAAAUCUCCAUUUUCCACAAUAAAAAAUGGAAUGUCUCUUGCAUUGCCGUCGAUGGAACUUUUUGCUAUCGCCACAACUACUUCAACUGCUGCAGCAGUUUUAUUUGGUUACUUCUGGUAGCUUUUGCUUAGUGUUUAGUGUUACCUAUUAUAUAGCCUAGCAACGAUGUUGUAGUAGUGUAGUGGGUGUCGUCGUACAAGUGUGUUGGUAAAUUCAGGUAGCGUUUGCUUAGUAGUGAGUUUUGUUUCUUCAAUCUACCGGCAGGCGGAGACAGAUUUAAAGUCGCGCCAUCAUAUUAACAAACCAAAUAAAAACAACAUGGUCGUCCUCAUUUGGUAUACCUUCUGAUACAGUAAAUAUUUUGCAUUAAAAUAACUAAGUUUGCUACUUUUUGAAGCUUGCAAAGUUUCUCUCGCAGUUCUCAUUUUCAAAAGCAGACUUCUUUGCAACGUCAAAACGUCUAUUUUGAUUUACGUUCAUUUUUUUUUGUACUCGGUGGUACCACCCAAAAAUUACUAAAGAAGAGGGGCGUCAUCAUAUACUACUGGAACUACCCAUCAAGUCCCGCCAGCCCCCCUCCCCUCCUCCAUAAAAAAUGUAAGGUCCUUUAUGGACUUUUGUUUUUAGAGUCAUAACCCAUUACUCUUACUAAUCGUGUAACUUCAACACAAUUGACACCAGCUAUUGCAAACACCAUUACGAUUUUGUCAGUCAUUCAUAUAAGUGCGCAUUGGCCCCUCUUUGUUGUCAAAAGGACGUGUUGUUAAAGUUAGGUGUCCUCGAUGCAACAGGAAGCUUCAAUUGCUUAUGUGGUCACCACCAGCAACUGAAAAUAAUAAUUUCAAGAGGUCUUGUCCGCUGGCUAAGAAACAUCUGAACGAGAUUAAGGAUAUCUCGUCUUUUAUAAUCUUUCUUUCAUUUAUAACUCUUUGCAAACGGAUAUUACUCAGAGCUUUCCUACAGGCGUAGUUACGAAUGUUAUGAUUGUUUUAUUCAGGGUAGCGUGGGUCCUGUAGGGAGUCGAGGGCUACCAGGCAAACGUGGAAUUAAGGUUUGUAGGUAACUUUUCACCCAGGGUAGCUUGCAUACUAAGUUUUCGCUCUCUUGAACACUAGUAUUUUCCUUAUGCACUUGCUGCAGUCACAUUCCCAGAAGCCGUGUUACCACUGACCAGCAGGAGGCGCAGCCUGCUGGCCUGUCUACCGCGGUCAGCAAAUGUUUAUUUUAAUUCGUGCAGUUUCAUGCCCCACGAAAGAGGAAACACAAGUCUACGGAUGACAGCCAGUCAGAGUGUAAAAUAUAUUUUAUUGCCUCCCUUCUACGCGAUUUUCUUUAUUUUUCGAAAAUAAUGCUUUGCAUCCUCAAAAUAUUUCUUUUAAAAAUAGCAGCUAUGUUUUCUGUCUCCUUGGAGGGAAACAGUCAAGCUCCAGGGAUGGUCUUAAAACUUGUGAAAACUUAACUUCUCAGACUGGAUUGUAAGCCAUACUUUAAAACACAUAAUAGAUGUAUAACAGUAUAUUACACUGUGCUGUUUUUCAUGAAUGCAUCGUCCUAUGUUGUCAUAGGGACCAUCUGGAGAGCAGGGCCUAGCUGGACUGGCGGGUGAACAAGGACUUGAAGUAAGACAAUAAAAUAUUUAAGUAGUAUUAAAAAUAUUGUUGUUGGUUUUGUACCGUUAUCUGAAAGAAAAACUUUGCUUCUCCUGGAGGGUACGUCCCAUUACUUCCUCAUUUUGUUGGUUUCAGGGCUCUCCAGGCCAUUUUGGGAUAAAAGGCGUUCAAGGCGAUCGCGGACCAAUGGUAGGUGAAGUUACAAACUAGAUCCCUUGGGCUUGGAAAUAAUAGUAAUGCAGUAAAUGGUCGUCGUGACGAGUACUGUUAACGCUGUUCGCCAGUCAUCAAACGUAUUUGUAAUUUCUUUCCAGGGUGGCAUUGGAACACCAGGAGGUACUGGACUUGAAGGACCUCUGGGACCAUCGGUUAGUUACUGGCUGUAGUUGCGAGUUGUUGAUAAUACCACACGUUACUUUGUUUUCUCUUUUUUGUGAGUCAUUGCUCGGGAAGAUACCUACUGAGCACGCUAUGGCCGCCUGCAUUUACUAGUGAACAACAAAGAAUAGAACAACUGGCGAGUUAAGAGGACUAAACAGUCAUAAUCUAACAAAGAAAAGAAAGAAAGGAAAAUGACAGCAAAAACCAGUAAAUAACACGAGCACACUGAAUAUCGUCUGGUCGCGUCUUAAUGUGGGAGGGGAUUUCUUCGAGCAGCUCCAGACUGUAUUAAAAACUAUGGAAUUAAGGUAAACACGAAACCUGGAAAUGAAAAUCAUCUAAUGUAAACAAAAUAUUUUGAACAUUAAAUCUUAACAGGGAGAACAGGGUCAACAUGGAAAUCGCGGUAUGGAUGGUAGUCCUGGGCAACGGGUUAGUAUAUACAUGUGUUAAUAAUCCUUUCACGAUGUAAAAAAUUUCAAUGAACAAACAGCAACCACCACUGCACUACUACUGCGCCACCCUCUCGGUCAUCCGGGCCACAAUCAAGACUAUCCGUUGCAGGGCAAAGGCAGUACCUUAUCCCUUUGUUGUUUUAAAACCCUGCGUAUUGUUCCGGUCUCGUGGAUCAAACUAGUAACGUCCCGCUCUGCAGACCUGCAGCGCUUUACCUAAUGCGAUAACCCUGCCUUCUUUUCUUUCAGGGAUCACGUGGAGAUCUUGGAAUGCCGGGCAACAGUGGAAAAGAAGGCAUGGUGGUACGAUCAAUUUGGCGUCUAAGAAUGACUGUUUUUAUUCUCGUGCAUAUUUGUUAACUGCUCCUUUUCUUUGUCACGUAAUAGGGUCGUAAUGGAGCUGACGAUGUCUCCGGGACAACAGGAGAAACUGGUUUACAGGUAAUAUGUAGGAUAUUACUAACCCCUUAAUUUUCUUUGGAAUAGUAGAGAGAUCGAAGUGAAAUUUGCCACUCGCGAGGAAGGUCUCUUCUCCCCGCGUGUCACCUAACUCGCGCGUGGUGAUUUUCAAGCGCGCUCGCGUGUUUCGCUUUCUUUACUAUCCCUGAAGAAAAUGAGCCACUUCUUGUAGUCUACGUUAGAGAAGACCCAAACAACAAGUGCAUGCAUGCUCAUCACUAGAGUUCUUAGUAGCUCAGUGGUUAGAGCAUCCGACUAGUGUCUGGAAGGUCGUGGGUUCAAUUCUCAGAAUUUUUUUUCUGAGUUCUGCUCUCCACACAGACCAUUCUAUUUUCUAUUAGUUACGUAAUCGUGAAACCGUUUGACAGGUUAAACCUGUCAGUUAGGUGUAUUUCAACUCCGUGAAAGUGUUGUGAAUAGUCAGUUAUUUGCUACCAUAUAACUAAGUUGCGCUGAUUUCUCAAAAUUCACUGUAGGCUCUCAGCCAAUGAGAAGUCAGAUAGCGAGUACAAUGUAUAAUAAUGACUAAACAAUGUAAACAAAAAAGCGAUUUUCGCUUCCACUGCUCCAACUCCCGAGCCAAGCGAAUAUAGUGAGAAAAGAGCUUGCUCGCGGGCUAUUAUAAUUAACACGUUCACUGAGACCAUAAUGCACCUUGUUUAUCCCCUCCUUUCCCUCCCAAAAAGAAAUUGCAUAACCAUUGUUUCCAAUUUCUCCUGAAUACUUCAGUCGUCCCAAGAGAAAUCGAAGGUAAUGGUUAUGCAAUGGUUACUUUGGUGUAAACAAGGUGCAUUAUGGUCUACGUAAAAAAAGUGAAUUCUCUUCUUUUCACUCAGGGUCCUCUUGGGGCAAUUGGACCACCAGGACCCCCAGGGGAGAGCGGACAGAUGGUAAGUACAUACACACUGUACUACAUGUCCUUUUUGAUUUAGUUACUACAUGUACAUGUUACUGAACUGGCGUGGAACGUUUUUUCCGUCUUUUUCGAGUUCGUAAAAAUGGGGCCAGGGGCCUGUUUCUCGAACGUUUCGGUAACUUUUCGGGCCCGGAAAGUUAUUUUGUGUUCACCGUGUUUACAUUCAAGAUCAAAGUUUCAAUAAUUUUGAAAAUGAUACAACGAAACUAUCAGUUAACGAAGCAAAAUUGACUGAUUUGUGAGCUACGCUGGAACUGUGCUACUAUCUUUUCUGCCCGAAAGCAGCUCUAGAAGAAUCGCUUCUAAACAAAACACUUUGAAUACUAGCAAGUUACCGGUACAUUACGCUCUCAUUAUUAACAAAAAGUGUGUGUUGAUAGUCCUUCCACCAUGGAACAACGCAACGACUCUCUGGCAAUUUUAACCAAAAUAAACGGAGUAAGCUAAUGAGGCUCAUCAUUUAUACUUGGUUGUUCGUCAGGGUAUCCCUGGAAUUAUGGGCCGCAGAGGAACUGGCGGAGAACUAGGCUCCAAGGUAAGAAAAUACUAUGCAACUCUUCCUUAGAUGAUGAUAAUAAUAAGUAUCUCCCUAGCAAAGCCUUAAGUUUAUAGUUCAAUAACAACUUCUAACAAAUCAAAGCAGUUGUAAGCUUGUUGCCACAUAACGCUUUUUGUUGUGACGUAUUACGUAUUUUACCUGUAAGUUCCUAAGCAGCACUGAUAAAUAGUCCAUUUUCGAGUUCGCUAUGACCGCUGAAUGAAAGAAGCGAAGCCGCAUUUUUUACAGCCUUAUCCUCAAUCUGAAGUAAUACAUUCACAAAUUCCAACGAGAAAAAGACAUGUUUAUCACUCUGUCUAUUGUGUAUAUUCAAAUUUCAAACACUUACUUGCCAGAAUUUCUGAAUAUUUUAUUUUAUUUUUUUAGUAAAAUCCAACUAGUGGUCUAUUAUCAAUGCUGCGUUCUGAUUGGUUGAGCUACUACUAGGCUAUAUGUUAUAGCCUACUACUAGUAGCGAAAAGCGCGCGCAAAAAAGGAUUAAAGUCUCGCUUUAACUAGCUAAAAUUGUUUUAUUUUCGAUAUUUUUGACCAAUUAGUUGGAUUUUACUAAAACAAUUAUUCCUCUCGCCCUCAUGGCCUCUGAGUCAAUAGCCCAUUCGGCCUUCGGCCUCAAGGGCUAUUGACGCAGAGCCCAUUCGGGCUCGAGGAAUAAUUGUUAAAUAUUCAGCGGUAACUUUUAAUUCGAAACUGGACUAUUGCGUAAAAAAUUUUGGUAUAACAAAAACAUACCUUAAAUGAUCCAUGUGAGGAUCGAACUCACGACCUUGGCGUUAUCAGCACCACGCUCUGCCGACUGAGCUAACGGACCAGCUAUUUUUAAAGUGGCAGAAUUUUUGGUUUUAAUAAUCGAAUUUUCUCGCGGUUUUGGAGUUUCAUUUCAUCACCCCGGGGACAUCAUCCCUGUGUCCUUGGGUUGAGGGAUGUGGACUAAGUGGUUCUGAUUUAAGUAAAUACCAGCCAUGACCGUAAACAAGAAAAAAAUUAAUAAAACGGAUUUGUCUGCGCUGAUAGGAUUGCGUAAAGAAAAGGUUAAGUAAAAGAAAAAGAUUCUUUCAGUGGUCCGUGUGAGGGUUGAACUCACGACCUUGGCGUUAUCAGCACCACGCUCUGCCGACUGAGCUAACGGACCAGCUAUGUUUAAAGUGGCAGAAUUUUUGGUUUUAAUAAUCGAAUUUUCUCGCGGUUUCGGAGUUUCAUUUCAUCACCCCGGGGACAUCAUCCCUGUCUCCUUGGGAUGAGGGAUGUGGACUGAGUUGUUCUGAUUUGAGUAAAUACCAACCAUGACCUUAAAAAAAGAACAAAAAAUAACAGAUUUGUCUGCGCUGAUAAGAUUGCGUGAAGAAAAGGUUAAGUAAAAGAAAAACAUUAUUUCAGUGGUCCGUGUGAGGGUUGAACUCACGACCUUGGCGUUAUCAGCACCACGCUCUGCCGACUGAGCUAACGGACCAACUAUGUUUAAAAGUGGUAGAAUUUUUGGUUUUAAUAAUCGAAUUUUCUCGCGGUUUUGGAGUUUCAUUUCAUCACCCCGGGGACAUCAUCCCUGUCUCCUUGGGAUGACCUGACCUUAAAAAAGAAAAAAAAACGGAUUUGUCUGCGCUGAGAAGAUUGCGUAAAGAAAAGGUGAAGUAAAAGAAAAAUAUAUUCUUUUAGUGGUCCGUGUGAGGGUUGAACUCACGACCUUGGCGUUAUCAGCACCACGCUCUGCCGACUGAGCUAACGGACCAGCAGUUGUAGAGGUGGCAGAAUCAUUUUAAUUUUAUUAAAGAUAAGAUAUUUUUCCUUCAUAGUUCAGCGGUGAUUUGAUCAGGAUAGACGCGUCUUUUUGAGCCCGCUCGCUUUCUUAUGUCUAGUUAAUGUCUUAGGCAUUCUUUCUUUUAAUUCAUUUUCUUCUCUUUCCCUUUGAGCUUUUUUAUGAUUGUCUUGUUGUUUCCCUCUUAGAAAAGCCCCGCUUAUUGUGGACUAUGUAAUUGUAAAUGAUUGUUUAUAUUGAAUAAAUUGUUCUACAGUGAUAAUGCGUGCUUCAGUUUUCGUGUGUUUUUUUGUUUUUAAGACUCAACAAUUUAUGUUUCUCUUACUUUUUCUCAUUUUCUUUUGCCUACUCCUUAUGCCUUUCUUUUUGAAGACAAUUUAACUUUAUUUAAUUUUCUGCUAACCCCCACCUGUCUCUCAAACAACCAAACUUGCUAUCCCAGAAUACCGGUACCCCGUACAACCUGUAGGUAGUCAUUUCAAAUCAAGCUUACAGCCACUUUGUCCAUAUGAAAUGCAGGCUCAGAUUCCGCAAGAGAAUGGUAAAUCGUCCUCAGACUAGCUUGACAAGUUAUUGUGCUUUUGUCGUUUCUUUUCGUCCUUCAAGCUGCCCUGUAUCUUCUGUGCUCUCUUUUCAUCCCUGUCUAAUUAAAUAAUGUGAGACUUAACAUACAUUUAUUUUUAAGUUUUAGUUAUUAAAUACCGUUUACGUUUUGAAUUUUUAGGGAGAAAUAGGAGAGUCUGGAGCUAGUGGACAGGAUGGGGAAGUGGGAAAACGGGUUUGUCUAUAAACAUAUAUGCUUACUUUCAAUAAAUGACUGAAUUCCACUUCUUAAGGGCUGUUUAAGAAGGCGGAACAACUUUUCUUUGGGUUUCCAUUCACCAAAAUGUUUACCAAAAUUUUGCAUAACCAUUGUUUUCAAUUUCUCCUUGGUAUUACAGUUGUCUUAAGUGAAAUUUAAAACAAUGCUAAUGCAAUUUUUUUGGAGGGGGAGGGGUGGGGGAGGGUAAACGAGGUGUCUUUGGGCAAUGUGAAAAUGGUGAAUGAUGCAGAAAUUUGGUCGGUGUGGUUUCCAGGCAGAGAUGGAAUUAAAAUGGAGGGCGACAAUAACAAGGUUGCAAUUUAAGCCGUUCUUCCCUAUUUACUAGCGUAAAUAACUACCUUUCAGCAGCAGCUGGCAAAAUUAUCACAAUCAUCAGCUUGUGGUAACGCCCAACGAAAUUGUCGGUCUUUAUUGCCGUGAUUACCUACCGAACGACCCGCCACAAUUUUGUCUGGUUUGUGCCCAGUAUAAGGAUCCUCCUAGCGAAAGCAGUUUACUUGGUGCUAGGGUCUUCCUUGUGAAGGGAUGUUCCUACCUCUCCGCUUGGGAGAUCCUAGCGCUAAGCACAAGUACAACCCCUUGCAUGUAAAUUGAUUACAUAAAACAUAUGGCGCUAGGAUGAUGCGCCUCCUAGGAUCUUUCUAAUGCUAGGAUCUUCCUCCCUCCACGUAAACAGCCCUUUACACUAGCAGUAAUCACUCGAAAAUAAAAAAAACAUUAAAAAGUAUAAGUUUCCCAGAAGAAAAUAUAGCAUUUGAAAAAGUAAUCCAUUCACUCCUUGGCUCAGUGGAGAUUAGGUUAAGUUAAAAUCAGCAACGUUCUUUUUCUCACAAACUCGAUCUUCUUGUAAGAUUCAGAAAUCAGAAUGGCUUUGGUUAUCUGUCUUUCAGUAAGCAGGUCAGUUUUAAAAGUCUUCCUUACAAAGAGAAGUUUUCUAUGUUAUUAAUUUUGUUGGUUGUGUUUUAGGGCGACGGUGGUCUUCCAGGAAAAAUGGGCUCACGAGGUGACACAGGAAAUGACGUAAGUGUACAAAAAACUGUUCUUUCCAUGUUUAAGGUGCAGUUGAAUAUUCAAUCGUUUUUGUCAGGGCUCACCUGGAUCUGCGGGAGUUGUUGGAGAACCUGGAGAGGCUGGGUUUAAGGUGAGCUUAGAAACCUUAUUCUUGUUAAUACAAUCAGCCUUUGACUCCAUUUACGCCAAAUUGUUGUUUAACAACUGAAUCAAUUCAGCAGAUAGUAUAAGGCUUGCGCAUAUCAUCUUAUCCCUAUCCGUGAUUGGUAUUUAGGAAUAAACUGAUCCUCCUAGAUAGUCCUGGGCCCAGUUGUUAGAAGGUCGAUUUGCGCUUAACCUGCGGUUAAAUUUAACCCGGGUUUCUCCUUCUUGUGUUCAAAAUCAUUUCCUCGGAUAAUUUUCUUUGUUAUAUUUAGAGCUUUCAAUCAUCAAAUUGAAGACAAAAAGAAUUAAAACUGAAAUGCUUUUUAAGCUUUCAAUCUGAAUUCAAAUCUCGCACUAACCCUGGGUUAUCUUAACCCAGCCUUGAACAACUCGGCCCUGACUAAUAGUGAUUGGAAUUUUCUUGAAGACUGGACUGGUCUAGCCAGCCAGUUCUAACAAAUGUUAAGCGCCAGCAAGACUUUGAAAAGCAUUCUGGCUGUUCCCAUUAAACGUUUGCGACUGUUAUCAUCAUCAAUUUUGUUAUGAUUUCAAUUAUGAUUGUUAUUUGUUAUUCAGUGCCCGGAAUAAAGGUAAAAGGUUUACGUCAAGCGUAGCUUUAAUUACAGUGGUACUUACUCAUUGAACAAUCUUCCCAAGGAUGUACUCACUGCAAAGUCUCUUGAUGACUUUAGGACAAAAUUCACUCUUGGUUUUUUGAUCAGUACUCCCAUAUGCAAAACAGCUUAUAGAUAAUAUAUUUAUUUUCUAAAUAUUUAUAAUUUGAUAUUUUAACCGUGUGUAAAUAAAGCCAUCAUCAUCAUCAUUCUUAUAGGGUGAGACAGGAGAAGCUGGACUACAAGGUCGCGCAGGACUACCCGGCGCAGCUGGCAUCGUUGGUGGCCCUGGAGUGAGGGGACCUGAUGGACCAAGUGGUCCUAAUGUAAGUAAAUAUCGAUCAUGACGGAAAGAAAGAAAAAAGAAACAGAUUUGUCUCCGCUUAUGAGAUUGUGUGAAGAGUAAGUAUAGCAAAAAGAAACAUUUGAUUAAUGGUCCGUGUGAGGCUUGAACUCAUGACCUUGGCGUUAUCAGCACCACGCUCUGCCGACUGAGCUAACGGACCAGCUAUGGUGAAACUAGCAAAAUUUGUGGUCUAAAUAGUCGAAUUAUCUCGCAGUCUUGGAGCUUCAUUUCUUCUCCCCUGGGACUUUGUUACUGUGUCCGUGGGGUGAGGGAUGUGAAACAAGUGGCUCUGAUGUAAGUAAAUACCAACCAUGACGUUAAAAUCGAAAAAGAAAUUUUAAAAAAAGAUUUAUCUGCGCUCAAAAAAGUAUGUCUAAUAAAAGGAAAAACGCUCUUUGAUUGGUCCGUGUGAGGGUUGAACUCACGACCUUGGCGUUAUCAGCACCACGCUCUGCCGACUGAGCUAACGGACCAGCUAUGUUUUAGAUAGUAGAAUUUUUGGUCUAAAUAAUCGAAUUAUCUCACAGUCUUGGAGCUUCGUGUUGUCGCUGGGACACCAUGCGGUGUGCCUGGAGUGAGGGAUGUGAAACAAUUGGCUCUGAUGUAAGUAAAUACCAUCCAUGACUUUAAAGUCAAAAAAGAAAUUUAAAAAAGAUUUAUCUGCGAAUGAGUGGUGAACACGGUAGAAUAUCCGUAGAUAUGUGUAGAAUGUUCUGAAUAGAUUGUGGAGGGCAACCAAGCGCGGUAAAUUCUCGCGUUCUGCAUGGGAAUUUGAUGUUGUGCUAAACUCUAGACAAUAGGAAAUCCCAAAGCAAAGAAUUAUCCAAAUCUAUCCCAUCGCUUCAAUAUUUACUCAAUUUUGCGCCUACGUUAGGCAACUUAAAAUGUUACAAUGGACAUGAAAAUCGGGCAUUUUAUAGUACACUGAAUCACUGCAAUUUUUAAAGAAAAUCUAUCGUCGAAUUUCGGUUUAAUCGCUGUUUUCGUGAAAGUAGCCUUAGAAAUUACAAAAAGAGCUCAGCAUUGCGUUUUACCCAGAUUCACACUUUUUCAUCUUUUUCGAAUUCGCGCAAGUCUACUUGCGUUUAGCUGAUUGUAGAGUGUAAAAGGGUCAUUUGCAAAACGAGUGAGUGAUAAAACCUUUCCGUAAUCAUCCCAAAAGUAGCAAAUCCCAGUCUUUCGUUCAUGCAUAAUUUCAACCCUUUUUGUAAAAAUUCGAAGAUAUCGCCAAAUUGUUCGUAUUGGUUUCUGUGAAUUCCGCGUAACGAAGACAAGCACCGAAAGUAUAAGCCGGGUAAGGUAUUGGUUUCUGUGAAAUUCCACGUAACGAAGACAAGCACCGAAAGUAUAAGCAGGGUAAAGCAUUUCCAAAGUUCAGGUCGAUGAGGGCUUGAAAAGGCCAUUUGCACUAUGGCGUCAUUUUACUACUACGACCAGAAUCCUUUUUGGUAAUCCCAGCGAGAUUUAAAUGGCAAAAGCCGUAAUUUGCACAAGAAGGGAAAACCCUGAGGGUUUCUGGUUGUAGUAGUAAAUGUUUGAAGCAAAAACUGUUGUGACGUCAUUGUCACGUGAUAUUUAUUCCGAUCACCCAAAAAAUAAUUUAACAAUUAAUGAAUGAGGCUGAGUAUCUUAUGAAGAAUUAAGGAGAUAGAGGAGGGUGAUGGCCGAGGCGGAUAACACCCUCCGAGAUCUCCAUAAUUCUUCAUAUGAUACGAAAGCCGAAUUCAAUAAUUGUUUUAUUAUUCAUUCAAAAUAAUUCCUAGUUUAAAAACAUGGCUAAAACAUGCUUACCUCCAUCGAUCCAUCGAUGUUAAGUUCAUCUUCGAUAGUGCACGUUUAGGGUUGUUCAGCUCCGCAAAUAUUCUCUAAAUAGCAGAUGUCGCCCUUCGAGUUGUCUUCUUGCUGUUCUUGCCAUGUUUUUAGCUAUUUUUUCGCCCAGUUCUUACUCUUGAAACGAGUGAAAUGUCCGCCAUUUUUUGUUUUCACAACCAAAACAACUCAACCUCGUCCCCACGUCUUCUCGGUUAAUAGGUGCAUUAACCCGUAGAAGGCUGCAUUUUUGACGUCAUUUCCUCGUUAAACACAAAAUUCUUCCAAAUUUGGUCAUCAGUAACUGGUUAUGGUGAAUUAAACGUGUGCUUUUAGCCAGUCAGAAUCGGGAAUUAUUUUGAAUGAGUAAUAAAUCACAUUUAAGUUUAGUCUAUCUGUAACAGGUGUGUUUUAAGGGUUUUACCACAAAGAUCAAUUUGUUUAAGUAUAAAAGAUUCAAAGAUGGUAAGUGUCGCUACAAAAGUAUUGUAUCGAGCCACCUUAAAUCCCUUCUUAUCCUAUAGCGCUCGUUACUGAAACAAUCGGGUUUUUUUCAUACGAAUCUUUGUAUUUUGAAGGUUGCGAAACAGUGCCGACGCUCAUAUUUAUAGACUAAGUGGUUCUUAUGUAUGUAAACACCGACCAUUACGUUAAAGAAUGGGUUGCGCAAAAAAUAUGUACAGAAAAAAAUAAAAAAUGCCUUGGUCCGUGUGAGGGUCGAACUCACGACCUUGGCGUUAUCAGCACCACGCUCUGCCGACUGAGCUAACGGACCAGCUAUGUUUAAGGUGGUUGAAUUUUUGGUUUUAAUAAUCGAAUUUUCUUGCAGUCUUAGAUUAAUUUAAUCUUCCCUGGGACACCAUGUCUGUGUCCCUGGGGUGAGGGAUGUGAAAUAAGUGGCUUUGAUGUAAGUAAGUACCAACCAUUACUUUAGAAUGGGAAAAGAAGAAAAAAUAGAUUUAUCUGCGCUGUUUAGAUUGCGUGAAAAAAGUAAUUUUGAUAAAAGGAAGGACAGGAUUGGUCCGUGUGAGGCUUGAACUCACGACCUUGGCGUUAUCAGCACCACGCUCUGCCGACUGAGCUAACGGACCAGAUAUGACGGAAGAGCAGAAUGUCCGAAAUAUGAUAAUGUUGUAGAAUGUUGUGAAUAGAUUACGAAGGGCAACCAAGCGUGGUAAAUUCUCGCGUUCUGCGUGGGCAUUUGAUGUUGUGCUAAACUCUAGACAAAAAAAAUCCCAAAGCAACGAAUUAUCCAAAUCUAUCACAUCGUUUCAAUAUUUACUCAAUUUUUUGCCUACGUUAGGCAACUUAAAAAUGUUACAAUGAACAUGAAAAUCGGGCAUUUUAUAGUACACUGAAUCACUGAAAUUUUUAACGAAAAUCUAUCGUCGAAUUUUGGUUUAAUUGCUGUUUUCGUGAAAGUGGCCUUAAAAAUUACAAAAAGAGCUCAGCAUUGCAUUUUACCCAGAUUCACACGUUUUCGUCUUUUUUGAAUUUGCGCAAGUCUACUUGCGUUUAGCUGAUUGUAGAAUGUAAAAGGGUCCUUUGCAUAAUGAGUGAGUGAUAAAACCUUUCCUUAAUCAUCCAAAAAUUAGCAAAUUCCAGUCUUCAGUUCGUGCAUAAUUUCAACCCAUUUUGUAAAAAUUCGAAGAUAUCGCGAAAUUGCUCGCAUAGGUUUCUGUAAAACUGCGCAUAAAGAAUGACAAGCACCCAAAGUAUACGCAGCGUAAAGCAUUUCCAGAGUUCAGGUCGAUGAGGGCUGAAAUUCGAUUUAAAGCUAAAACUAUUGUGAUGUCAUUGUCACGUGAUAUUUAUUCCGAUCACCCAAAAAAUAUAUCAUAAUUAAGUUUAGUGUAUGUGUAAUAAAUGUGUUAUAAAGGUUUUACCACAAAGAUCAAUUUGUUUUUAAAGGUAUAAGAGAUUCAAAGAUGGAAAGUGUCGCUACAAAGUAUUGUAUCGAGCCACCUUAAAUCCCUUCUUAUCCUAUAGCGCUCGUUACAGAAACAAUCUUUUUUUUUUCUGAAAUGAUAAUCAUCUUUAUUGAGGAAACCUUUUUCAUAAAAGAUAUGGUUUUCAAAAAGGACCUCUCAUACAAAUCUUUGUAUUUUGAAGGUUACGAAACAGUGCCGACGCUCAUGUUUAUAGACUAAGUGGUUCUUUAUGUAUAUAAAUACCGACCAUGACGUCAAAGAAUGGGAUUGCGCAAAAAAAAUUUAAGUAAAAGAUAGACUUUUCCUUGGUCCGUGUGAGGGUCGAACUCACGACCUUGGCGUUAUCAGCACCACGCUCUGCCGACUGAGCUAACGGACCAGCUAUGGUGGAGUGGCUGAAUUUUUGGUUUAAAUAAUCGAUUAUCUCGCAGUCUUGGAGCUUCGUUUUAUCUUCCCUGGGACACCAUUGCUGUGUCCGUAGGGUGAGGGAUGUGGAAUAAGUGGCUCUGAUGUAAGUAAAUACCAACCAUGAUGUCAAAAUCGAAAAAGAAAGCUUUAUCUGCGCUGCUAAGAUUGCGUUAAAAAAGUAUGUUUAUUAAAAGAAAUAAAAAUUUUUUGAUUGGUCCGUGUGAGGGUUGAACUCACGACCUUGGCGUUAUCAGCACCACGCUCUGCCAACUGAGCUAACGGACCAGAUAUGGUGAAAGCAGCAGAAUAUCCGAAAUAUGAUAAUGUUGUAGAAUGUUGUGAAUAGAUUACGGAGGGCAACCAAACGCGGUAAAUUCUCGCGUUCUGCAUGGGAAUUUGAUGUUGAGCUAAACUCGAAAAUAGGAAAUCCCAAAGCAAAGAAUUAUCCAAAUUUAUCCCAUCGCUUCAAUAUUUGUAUUAAAUUUUGCUCCUACGUUAGGCAACUUAAAAUGUUACAAUGGACACCCAAAUCCGGCAUUUUAAUUUUUAUAGUACACUUAAUCACUGAAAUUUUUAAAGAAAAUCUAUCGACGAAUUUUGGUUUUCUGUUUUCGUGAAAGUAGCCUUUGCGUUUUACCCGUAUCCACACGUUUCCAUCCUUCUUUGAUUUCGCGCAAGUCUACUUGCGUUUAGCUGAUUGUAGAGUGUAAAAGGGUCAUUUGCAAAACGAGUGAGUGAUAAAACCUUUCCGAAAUCAUCCCAAAAGUAGCAAAUUCCAGUCUUUAGUUCAUGCUUUGUUUAAACCCUUUUUGUAAAAAUUCGAAGAUAUCGCGAAAUUGCUCGCAUAGGUUUCUGUAAAACUCCGCAUAACGGAUGACAAGCAUCCAAAGUAUACGCAGCGUAACGCAUUUCCAAAGUUCAGGUCGAUGGGGGCUUGAAUUCGAUUUAAAGCUAAAAAUAUUGUGACGUCAUUAUCACGUGAUAUCUAUUCCGAUCACCCAAAAAGUAUCAUAAUUAAGUUUAAUCUAUGUGUAAUAAAUGCUCAUAAACAAGACCAAUGUACAGUGCUUCACGUAAAAAAGAAUUAAAACGAAAUUUGUACCUUAACAUCUGUUAGAAAGAAAAGUCCUCUUUCGAUGUCAAAGUCCAUCUCUUUAAGUUGAGAUUUACUCUCCUUAUUGAACGCAAUCCCCUUAAGCACAGGAGGGAUGUUCUCAGAAAGGCCAAUGAGAUUCUGGUUCUUAUCCAAGACGUCGUAGUCGAGUAGUCCUCGCGUUUCAUGGCUGACAGGGGUUCCGCUAGUCGCUUGUGAUAGACUUGACAUUCGGGUGCCAUGCCACCUCUAGUGGUGAACACCAGCGGCGUGAACGUGGCUUGUUCCACCGCCAUAACUCGGCUUGCGUACAUACGUUUCUUCUCGUUUUGAUAUACUGGCGAUAUAUUAGCUGAGGGGUGAAGCCCUUGUAAGAUUCCGCAUUUGAGUGGCACAAUAAUAAUAAAAUGUGUUAUAAUGGUUUUACUACAAAGAUCAAUUUGUUUAAGUAUAAGAGAUUCAAAGAUGGAAAGUGUCGCUACAAAAGUAUUGUAUCGAGCCACCUUAAAUCCCUUCUUAUCCUAUAGCGCUCGUUACAGAAACAAUCGCUUUUUUUUUCAUACAAAUCUUUGAAUUUUGAAGGUUGCGAAACAGUGCCAACGCUCAUAUUUAUAGACUAAGUGGUUCUUAUGUGUGUAAAUACCGACCAUGACGUCAGAGAAUGGAAUUGCGCAAAAAAAUAUGUACAGUAAAAGAAAAAAUUUCCUUGGUCCGUGUGAGGGUCGAACUCACGACCUUGGCGUUAUCAGCACCACGCUCUGCCGACUGAGCUAACGGACCAGCUAUGGUGAAGGUAGGAGAAUUUUUGGUCUAAAUAAUCGAUUAUCUCGCAGCCUUGGAGCUUCAUUUCAUCUCCCCUGGGGCACCAUUGCUGUGUCCGUGGGGGAGGGAUGUGAAACAAGUGGCUCUAAUGUAACUAAAUACCAACCAUAAGCUUUAAAAUCGAAAAAGAAAAAAAUAGAUUUAUCUGCGCUGUUAAGAUUGCGUGAAAAAAGUAAUUUUGAUAAAAGGAAGGCACUCAUUGAUUGGUCCGUGUGAGGCUUGAACUCACGACCUUGGCGUUAUCAGCACCACGCUCUGCCGACUGAGCUAACGGACCAGAUAUGACGAAGGCAGCAGAAUAUCCGAAAUAUGAUAAUGUUGUAGGAUGUUGUGAAUAGAUUACGAAGGGCAACCAAGCGUGGUAAAUUUUCGCGUUCUGCGUGGGAAUUUGAUGUUGUGCUAAACUCUAGACAAAAAAAAUCCCAAAGCAACGAAUUAUCCAAAUCUAUCACAUCGUUUCAAUAUUUACUCAAUUUUUUGCCUACGUUAGGCAACUUAAAAAUGUUAAAAUGAACAUGAAAAACGGGCAUUUUAUAGUACACUGAAUCACUGAAAUUUUUAACGAAAUCUAUCGUCGAAUUUUGGUUUAAUCGCUGUUUUCGUGAAAGUGGCCUUAAAAAUUACAAAAAGAGCUCAGCAUUGCAUUUUACCCAGAUUCACACGUUUUCAUCUUUUUUGAAUUUGCGCAAGUCUACUUGCGUUUAGCUGAUUGUAGAAUGUAAAAGGGUCAUUUGCAUAAUGAGUGAGUGAUAAAACCUUUCCUUAAUCAUCCAAAAAUUAGCAAAUUCCAGUCUUCAGUUCGUGCAUAAUUUCAACCCAUUUUGUAAAAAUUCGAAGAUAUCGCGAAAUUGCUCGCAUAGGUUUCUGUAAAACUGCGCAUAACGGAUGACAAGCACCCAAAGUAUACGCAGCGUAAAGCAUUUCCAAGGUUCAGGUCGAUGAGGGCUGAAAUUCGAUUUAGAGCUAAAACUAUUGUGAUGUCAUUGUCACGUGAUAUUUAUUCCGAUCACCCAAAAAAUAAUAUCAUAAUUAAGUUUAGUCUAUGUGUAAUAAAUGUGUUAUAAUGGUUUUACCACAAAGAUCAAUUUGUUUUUAAAAGUAUAAGAGAUUCAAAGAUGGAAAGUGUCGCUACAAAGCAUUGUAUCGAGCCACCUUAAAUCCCUUCUUAUCCUAUAGCGCUCGUUACAGAAAUAAUCUUUUUUUUUCUGAAAUGAUAAUCAUCUUUAUUGAGGAAACUUUUUCAUGAAAGAUAUGGUUUUCAAAAAGGACCUCUCAUACAAAUCGUUGUAUUUUGAAGGUUAGGAAACAGUCCCGACGCUCAUGUUUAUAGACUAAGUGGUUCUUUAUGUAUAUAAAUACCGACCAUGACGUCAAAGAAUGUGAUUGCGCAAAAAAAAAUUUAAGUAAAAGAAAAACUUUUCCUUGGUCCGUGUGAGGGUCGAACUCACGACCUUGGCGUUAUCAGGACCACGCUCUGCCAACUGAGCUAACGGACCAGAUAUGGUGAAAGCAGCAGAAUAUCCGAAAUAUGAUAAUGUUGUAGAAUGUUGCGAAUAGAUUACGGAGGGCAACCAAACGCGGUAAAUUUUCGCGUUCUGCAUGGGAAUUUGAUGUUGAGCUAAACUCGAGAAAAUAGGAAAUCCCAAAGCAAAGAAUUAUCCAAAUCUAUCUUAUCGCUUCACUAUUUGUAUUAAAUUUUGCGCCUACGUUAGGCAACUUAAAAUGUUACAAUGGACACGAAAAUCCGGCAUUUUAUAGUACACUGAAUCACUGAAAUUUUUAAAGAAAAUCUAUCGACGAAUUUUGGUUUUCUGUUUUCGUGAAAGUAGCCUUAGAAAUUACAAAAAGAGCUCAGCAUUGCGUUUUACCCGUAUCCACACGUUUCCAUCCUUCUUUGAUUUCGCGCAAGUCUACUUGCGUUUAGCUGAUUGUAGAGUGUAAAAGGGUCAUUUGCAAAACGAGUGAGUGAUAAAACCUUUCCGUAAUCAUCCCAAAAGUAGAAAAUUCCAGUUUUUAGUUCAUGCAUUGUUUAAACCCUUUUUGUAAAAAUUCCAAGAUAUCGCGAAAUUGCUCGCAUAGGUUUCUGUAAAACUCCGCAUAACGGAUGACAAGCAUCCAAAGUAUACGCAGCGUAACGCAUUUCCAAAGUUCAGGUCGAUGAGGGCUUGAAUUCGAUUUAAAGCUAAAAAUAUUGUGACGUCAUUGUCACGUGAUAUCUAUUCCGAUCACCCAAAAAGUAUCAUAAUUAAGUUUAGUCUAUGUGUAAUAAAUGCUCAUAAACAAGACCAAUGUACAGUGCUUCACUUAAAAAAGAAUUAAAACGAAAUUUGUACCUUAACAUCUGUUAGAAAGAAAAGUCCUCUUUCAAUGUCAAAGUCCAUCUCUUUAAGUUGAGAUUUACUCUCCUUAUUGAACGCGAUCCUCUUAAGCAUAGGAAGGAUGUUCUCAGAAAGGCCAAUGAGAUUCUGGUUCUUAUCCAAGACAUCGUAGUCGAGUAGUCCUCGCGUUUCAUGGCUGACAGGGGUUCCGCUAGUCGCUUGUGAUAGACUUGACAUUCGGGUGCCAUGCCACCUCUAGUGGUGAACACCAGCGGCGUGAACGUGGCUUGUUCCACCUCCAUAACUCGGCUUGCGUACAUACGUUUCUUCUCGUUUUGAUAUGCUGGCGAUAUAUUUGCUGAGGGGUGAGGUCCUUGUAAGAUUCCGCAUUUGAGUGGCACAAUAAUAAUAAAAUGUGUAAUAACGGUUUUACUACAAAGAUCAAUUUGUUUAAGUAUAAGAGAUUCAAAGAUGGAAAGUGUCGCUACAAAAGUAUUGUAUCGAGCCACCUUAAAUCCCUUCUUAUCCUAUAGCGCUCGUUACAGAAACAAUCGCUUUUUUUUUCAUACAAAUCUUUGAAUUUUGAAGGUUGCGAAACAGUGCCAACGCUCAUAUUUAUAGACUAAGUGGUUCUUAUGUGUGUAAAUACCGACCAUGACGUCAGAGAAUGGAAUUGCGCAAAAAAAUAUGUACAGUAAAAGAAAAAAUUUCCUUGGUCCGUGUGAGGGUCGAACUCACGACCUUGGCGUUAUCAGCACCACGCUCUGCCGACUGAGCUAACGGACCAGCUAUGGUGAAGGUCGGAGAAUUUUUGGUCUAAAUAAUCGAUUAUCUCGCAGCCUUGGAGCUUCAUUUCAUCUCCCCUGGGGCACCAUUGCUGUGUCCGUGGGGUGAAGGAUGUGAAACAAGUGGCUAUGAUGUAACUAAAUACCAACCAUAAGCUUUAAAAUCGAAAAGGAAAAAAAUAGAUUUAUCUGCGCUGUUAAGAUGGCGGGAAAAAAGUAAAAUUAAUAAAAGGAAGACACUCAUCGAUUGGUCCGUGUGAGGCUUGAACUCACGACCUUGGCGUUAUCAGCACCACGCUCUGCCGACUGAGCUAACGGACCAGAUAUGGUGAAAUCGUCAGAAUUUUGGUCUUAAUAAACGAAUUUUCUCGCCGUUUUAAAGCUAUAUUCACGUCACGCUGGAGACAAACCGAUUCAAUAAAACCUAUAAGAUGGUCAGAAAACGGCUCUGUGACCACAGUAGGCUCGAUUUCCGCCGCUCUCUCGGCUUUCCCCUGUUCGGGGAGAGGAACGCAGCUUUAUUUCCCGACCAGCGGCUGGUAAUCGAGCCUUGGACCACACAGGAAAGACAAAAAACAACAACAAUGUAGCUGAGGUUAGCUGAUUCUUUUUAGCCUUCUCCUUAAUCCGAGUGCUCCCAAAUGCCUCAAAAAUAGAUUUCAACUCCUCUCUGUUUCACGUGGACCUCUGGGCCGUCUUACGAGAGCCUCUCUCUAUGACCUUAAGUUUCCAUACCCACAUAGCAACUCUGGGAAACGCGCAUUGGCCUACAGUGCUUCUAAACUUUUCAAUGAUUUCAAUUCUGACGUUAAAGAGUACUUUACUACUUCUUCUCUGCGGACAUCCAGUAUCCUCUCCUCCAGUAAGUGUGUGCAUUACGUAAUCUGUUUCUUUAUUAUUAUUUGCCAAUACAGGAACCCCUCAAAAAGAGGAUCUGUCAUGCUUAAAUUGCCGCUAUUCUAUUUACUGUAAUUGGUUUUUCAUAUUGCCAACCACUCCUCCAUAUUUGAACGAUUUACAUAUUCAUACUACACGCAUUGUCCUUAUCUAUUUUCGUUAUUAGAACGCGUAGAAGCUCGUAGACUAUUAUAUAGCUAUUGCAUUUUUAUAUAGUAUAUGUUAUUUCAAUAUUUUUGCUUGUUGUACAUAUUUUUGUAUAUUUUUCCUCCAACUUAUUUUUUAGAGGGCCGUAUUGUAUUGUAUUGAUGUUUAUUUAAAUCCCUUCUUAUCUGUAUAGCGCUCUUAACAGAGCAAUCGUUUUUCCCAAUUUUGAAGGUUACGAAACAGUACCGACGCUCAUAUUUAUGGACUAAGUGGUUCUUAUGCAUGUAAAUACCGACCGUGUCGUUAAAAAAAAAGGAAAAAGAAGAUUUGUCUGCGCUGAUGGGAUUGCGCAAAUGAUAUGUAUAGCAAAACUUUUCCUUGGUCCGUGUGAGGGUCGAACUCACGACCUUGGCGUUAUCAGCACCACGCUCUGCCGACUGAGCUAACGGACCAGCUGUUGAAUGCAAGGCAAAAUUUCUGGCCUUAAGAAAAAAAUUUUUGUCGGUUUUAAAGCCACAUUUACACCUCACUUUGGGGAAACCAUCGCUAGUGUGCAAGGUUUAUGACAGUUAGAGUCCGCACAAUUCCGCAUUAGAUUUUAACUCGGCAUAGAUAAAAAAAGCAAUCAGCUUUAAUUUAUUGAAACGGAAGUGAACUGUUAUCACCUUAGUUGAUCUCGAUACACGCCACUGCAUCAUUCUACGUUCUCAGAGCAGUAACUCUGUUAAUUUUUCAGGGAAGACCUGGUAGGACAGGUGAUCCAGGACUUCAGGGAGGAAAAGGUGAUACGGUAUGUAUGUUUAUUGACAAAAUAUUAGCAGUUUGAUUAUCUUUCAGUUCUUGUUUCCUCAGGUCUAAAACCAAUUGGUUGCCGCUCGUGUUUUCAAACUGAUAAGACAAGUCUGCUCGUUUGCAAACAUUCUCACUGUUUGUCGUUUUUGUUUGUAGGGAGACGUGGGUGAGCGUGGUGAUUUAGGAUCAAAAGGACCACAAGGAGCCAAGGUAUGAUCAGCCACGAUCUGUAGUGUUAAUGUUUCAGUUCACGUCUUUACUUCGUUUCGACACCCACAACCGCGCGUUCCCGACUUUCAAGGAGAGGUAAUCUACAUGCAAGCACCCAAAGAGGUGUACUACACCUAAUUUUGAGGUAAAGGAUUGUGGCCAAGAGAGGCUGCUCUCCUGACGUAGCCCGCCGCGCCUGUCGUUUGUUUUAGUGGAUGAUGUAGAGAAUUACUUGCAUACAGCAUAUACCUAUUAUUAAAAUUGAGUCGCGCAUAGCUCACUUCGGAAAAGGGUGAUAGCCUGGGACCAAAAACGAGGCGCGAACGCAUUUAUGGGAUUAUUUGGGGGGACACGAACGUAUUAAACAAACAUGGCGGAAAGUGAAGUGCAAUGUUUCAGUGGGGUUAAAACAGCUAAAACAGUUCCGAAGCAAACGUACAUAUAUAUUCUCGCUGGAUACGUCUUGCCUUUAGUAUUCUAUAAAAUGCCAGACCAGGGGAGUUCCUGAAGUUAUUUGUGCACAAAGGCACACAACAUCUUGCAUGUCUCGUCAUAAUUCAAGGUGGCUGCUCGAUUUCUCCCCCCAAACAAUCCCAUAAAUGCCGCGCGCUCAUAGUUUGGGUCCCAAGCUAUCACUCUUUUCCGAAGUGAGCUAUUCUCGAAUUGCGCUCACCUCACAACUCCUGACGCGCUCUUUUACGAGUAAGGGCCUCACUCUCUUCCUCCAACCUGCUGUCUUAAAAAGUGGGUCUGGUUUCAGCUAUGAGAUUUUUUAAGAGGAUGGAACAUUACCCAUCGCCUCACUCCUACCCUGUAGGGCUAGGGCGCUUUGGGACUGUUUUUGGGCGCGAACUACAAUUUGAUUCAAACCGACCCAGUCUCAGGUUUAAUCCCAGACUAUCAGACUAUCUAUAAAUUGAAUGUAAAUAGUCGAAUAUCACAAAACUUAGGGCGCUUUCCAUUUUUUAGAACUGGCGUGCCAGAUCUGCACUAUUAUCCAACCAGAUUAGUUUAGUUUGUAAAUGGUAUGGCCGGUAGAGGGAGUUCAAGGGAAAAUUUCGGGUAAAAACUAAAAUUUUCUUUUCAAAAAUGACCUGUCCGGCCGGCCAGUUCUGACUUCUGGAAGGCACCCUUAAACUCCUUAGAGAACGUGCAAAAUGACGUAUCCUCAGCAUUUACCAAUUUACUUUGCUUUAGCUGACUGGGCGGCACCCAUUUUAACAUGUUUUAAGUCAGUGCCUUGCCUCCCUCCUUUUUCCUAGCCUGCGAGCAAGCUCUCCGGGCCGAUCUGGCGGUGGGGCGGGAAACGAAAGGAGAGCUUGCAACUACGUCAAAAAGUCGAUGCGAAAUGCUGAUUGGCAGAGAUGAUCGUUUUCUCUUCGCGCUGAUUGGCAGAAAUCUGACAGCUCAUUCAGCGGGGAGCCAUAGAGGAAGUGGAGUUGGAAUUCAAAUUCCAGAGACCUAAUUGCAAGCUCUCCUUCCUUUUCCCGCCCCGCCGCCAGAGUACCCCGGAGAGCUUGCUCGCAGGCUACCUAUUUCUCUGGUUUGGGUUCUUUUUGCCGCAGUAUGCUUUUACAGAAUGAGGGAAGCGUCAAAUUUGAGGUGCAAACUCCCUACAAAAUAAAAACGACAGAUGCAAUCAAUUUUGAAUCUGUAACAUGUUAUUUAGGGAGACCGCGGUGACCUAGGUUUGCAGGGGCCAGCAGGAGGUCCAGGAUUAAAGGUAAAAAAAGAUUCAACAUAGUAAGGGAUUUUUUAUUUGAGUUUAUAAAAAUAAGUUAACCAGAUAAUGCUUAAAUUAAUAAUUGUAGUUCAAUACACCGUAUUCACAAAUGGCGGACACGCGGGAAAAAACUGGUGCCUAGUCAUGAAAGCGAGGCGUUGGAGGGUAAACAAAAAUUGCAAAUGAAGACUUUCAGUGAACUUGCAGAGUGUUUAGCACGGAUUCCACCUAAAAUAACUUUGUACGGACCUCUUUUUAAAUACAAUUACGUGGAAUGUCUUCUGCUAUUAAUGUUUAGUAUUGAUUUGCUGUUUGCAAUCAAAAGCGACGCGUAUAUCUUCAAGGAAACAGGAUGAUUUUGUAGGUUUCCGAAGCAUCAGAAGAUCGACAAGUGGGCGAUAGCUGGAGAAAAGCGGCAAACAUGUUGGCCCAGACUUCACAUUGAAACCGAGUUCGAAAGCCAGCUCACUGCAAUUCGGUAAAACAGAAAUAUAAACAAUGCAAAUCUUGGUGGCAAGAAAAAAAGAAAUACGCGAUGGAUAUAUGGCCUACUUGUUCACGCAAGAGACGUGCGCCAUUGAACAAAACAGUUCAAAUCGAGAUGGAAAAAAGGAAGACAGGAAAGAAGCGGUGACUGAGGUUUCGAUGAAGUUAUGUUUGGUGUUUAUUUGCCAGGACGUUAUUCUCUGGUCUUUAUCGGUGAAGGACAUCAAUUAGAACUAUCUUUUGGUGUAAAUGCAGGAGCGAUCGAGUGGAGUACGCUCAAAAUUUCAACUUGUUACUCGGCGGACUCGGUAAGCCGGCCACAUUUCAUUUCAGCGAGUAAUUUUCCUAUUUCUUAUCUUUGGCUGUUAAGAGUUUUAACUUCAUGGUCCAUAAUAUUUUAAAAGUGAAGAAUACAUAAAUAAAUAAAAUGAAGGUCUUCUUAAACGGAUCCAGACUCGCACUUAAUGAUUCGAAACAGAAGCUUGCCGUGUUCAGUCCUGACAAAAACAUUGCCUUAAAAGUUUAACCUAGUAAAAUGUGAGCUUUAUACCACUUUUUUACCAAGAGCUCUCCGAGAUAAUGCCGUAAAGGAGACCAGGCAAAUAGCAAGCCAUAAGAUUCACACACUAGGGCUUCUAGUUUUGAUAAAAUUAUUUUAUUUCGCAAUGACAAAGAAAUCAAAAGAUUUUAAAUUUGCACUGAAUUUGCUAAGCUCUGCCAACGUACCUCUAACAAUUCACUCCAAAGCGACGGAAUUAAUAUCAUCCAAAGGAAGUUGUAAAUACAGACAUACAUAGAUAUGUGUAAAAUGAUACUGACAUGAAUGAAUGAGUCUCGUAAAUGAAUCUUUCACCCGCUCUCGACUUGACCUGUUUUGAGUAAUGGCGGAGGUCUCUUCCGUUGACAAGUAGGCCAUAUAUCCGUCGCUUAUUUCUUUUUUUCUUGCCACCAAUAUCUGUUUUUACUUCUGUUUUACAGAGUUGCAGUGAGCUGGCUUUCGCAUUCGGUUUCAGCAUGAAGUUUGGGCCAACAUGUUUGCCGCUUUUUCUCUAGCCAUCACCCACUUGUCGAGCUUCUGAGGCUUCGGCAACCUACAAAAUCAUCCUGUUUCCUUUGAAGAUAUACGCGUCCCUUUUGAUUGCAAACAGCAAAUCAGUACUAAACAUUAAAAGCAGAAGACGUCCCACGUCAUUGUAUUUAAAAAGACGUCCAUACAAAGUUAUUUUAGGUGGAAUCCGUGCUAAACACUCUGCAAGUUCACUGAAAGUCUUCAUUUGCAAUUUUUGUUUACCCUCCAACGCCUCGCUUUCAUGACUAGGCACCAGUUUUUUCCCGCGUGUCCGCCAUUUGUGAAUACGGUGUAUAAAAUUGAUAAGCCGAAUCGUGCUCAUCAGUAUUACUGGUCUUGAACUAAAACAUGCAUUUCUCUCUUCUAAGUGUCGAUGAAGUGAUUUUUUUAAAAGAUUUGUUCUUUUUUGUUUUGCUUGCUGUGAUCGCUGUAAUGUAAUUGACUUACUUUUUCCAGCAAAUUCUUUGGAUAAUUUUUUCCCCAUAACAACGCAACAUUUUUGCUGCACUCUCUCGUUUUUUUUAUUCACAGAGCUGGUGGUUCUAUCUCUGUAGAUAGUUGUCUAUGACUGACGCCAGAUCAAGAUUGUGUUUUUGUAGCUUAAAUAUUCUCUAGUGAUCUCUUAGCUGAUAGCUCAUGUUUUCUUUGUUCCAAGGGACCAGAAGGCUUGACUGGGCAGCGAGGUGACAUUGGUCUUCCUGGAGAAAGGGUUCGAUAGUACUAAGUUACAUUAAUGUUAUUAAGGAUACCAGUCGACGAAAAGGGUGAAAUUCUGUAAACUUUGUGUUAUAAGCGAAUUAUUUAAAUUUACGAUCUCUUUAAACUAGUUCCUAGUAGCUUAGUUUGAUUCGUGAGGAGCACCAAAGAGCCGUUUCUUCAUGGGUGACCAAUUAUUUAUCUCCGAGCCAAUUGCGCUUGACUGUCUUACUUAUUAAAAUAUUUUGAUGCGAUUCCAGAAGAAAAAAAUAAGGUUCCCAUAUAUGGCCCUGCAGGGUGCUUCCCAGCCAUGAAAUCAAAUAUCUUCGUAGCAUAACAGUACAGCAAACCAUUUGCGAAAGUUUUUAUAGGGUCUUGUAGUUUUGUUUGACUACUUGGAACUCUUUCAUGAAUAUAGUUGUUUACCUCUUUGACCCGAAAUUACCUACCACUGUUGAAAUUAAAUCCAACAAAUUCUUUAUUGAGUGGUGUAAGGCCAAAGCCAGAAAAGUGACACUGGCCAAUCAUAUCAUUUUGGGUGAUUGGAUGAACCAAUCAGAAUUCGAAGCAUUCUACGCGGGAAAUGCGUGCGAGCAGGUGACACUAGCCUCGGCGUUCAUUGCUAUUUGGUCGAAAAAACAGUGCGCAUUUUUUUCUUUCUUUUUGUUUGUUUGUUUGUUUGUUUGUUUCAGCGUAGUGUUGGAAUUGCGCAUUCGAUUUUUAUUACAUUUCAGGAUGAAUUUUUGAUUUAUAGGGCUCAAGGGGACUGCAAGGGUCACAUGGUCUGGAAGGAGACCUGGGCCAUGAGGUAAGUAGGCGUUUUUUUGUUUGUUUGUUUGUCUUUGUUGUUGUUGUUGUUGUGUUUUGUUUUCCCUUUUUCAAAUUUUUACUUACUCGAUACUUUGUGUCGGAUCGGUGACAAAAAAACUGACUAGAGAAAUCCAUGGCACAAAGCUUGCCCUGAGCAAUAAUUUUAUUAACGACCGGUCAAUGAUCGUUUAAUCAUAGUACGCGUUCGUUUUGUUUAUUCUAGGGAACUGAGGGCCCUCCUGGUUUUUCCGGGCAAAUGGUAUGAUAUUUAUUCAUCAUAUCUUAACGAUUGAAUUGUGCUUCAGGUUUCCAUAGGUUGUUUUAAACCCUUCCUCCCUACCCCUCAACCUUAAUAGGUGGGUAGGUUACAAUUGUCCAUUGUUGUGGCACGUAGCAUUGGACACAUGAUGGAACAGAGAAUACAGUAACUAUGGAUUGAAAAUUCGGUAUCCGGUCAAGUCGCCCGAAAAUCGUGUCGCCCGAAACCAGAGUUAAGUCGCCCAAAAUGCUGAGUCAUGUCACCUGAAUUUUUUCAGGUGAGGUGCGCAGAGAAACAAAAUUAAUUUUUGUUAACAUAUCUCGUUCUUUAAACCAUUAUGAGACGAAACAAGAGGAAUGAAUGUGUAACAUACCUCGUUCUUAAAGCGAUGAUGAAACGAAACAAGCGGUAUAAGUUCAUGUGUAAUAUCUUUCGCUCUUUAACCCUUCAUGAAUAAAGAAACAAGUGCGAUGAAUUAAAUCAGUAAUAUAUCUCGUUUUUUAAUCUUCGAUGAGACGAAAAAAGCGCGAUAAAUGUGCAGUAGGAAUGCUAGGGUGUUGUUGAGCGUGAUAAAAUGGUGAAGGAGAUAACGGGCGCGCGCGAGGGAGACACGCGUGUUCCCUCGCGUGUCUCCUUCUCGCGCGCCCGUUUUUUCUUGUGCCCACUACUUCCAAGCGCCUGCUACAGGCUAUAAAAUUUCGAGCCACAUGACUCAGCAUUUCGGGCGACUUGACUAAAAAUUUCGGGUGACACAACUCUGAUUUCGGGAGACAUAACUUCGGGCGAGAUUACUUUCGGGCGACUUGACCGUAAACAGAAAACUCAAGUGAUCCGAUAAACACCAUUGAGUGUUAGUCCUAGUAAAGUGGGGACCACAAAAGGCAAAGAUAAAAUCUUUUGACCUCGUAAGAAUUCAAAACCACUGCCUUCGGAAUAGAUCUACUGUUGCAGUAUUGUCUAGGCUUGUACAGUUACUUGUACAUGCGAUUUACGACUGUGCUGCAUUGUAUAACGCGAGUUAAAGAUUAAUCUAAGAAGUUCAUUAUCACAAGUCAAGCAAUCAUUGUGGCCCGAAGGGGUUCAUAAUACUGAUUCUGUUGAUGGUAAGUGGGAGUGUAAAGAAGGCAUGAAUUUGCGCCUAUACUGGUCUUUGCGCGAGUAGUAAGUUAAAAUAAAUUAACUUGAUGUUCGAGUUAAAUUCUUUGCCAGUAGCUUAGAUGUGACUUUGAUUUCCUAUUGAAUAUAAUGAAAAAUCCAGUCAGACUUUUGAGUGCAGUAAAUAUCAUUUAACAGGCACGUUCAAACUAAUGCUCGUCUCCUUUGCUUUAACUUCAGGGUGAUCCUGGAAAUAAGGUGAGAAAUGUUACUUGCGUAGUGACGAGACUCCCUAUGCUACCGAUGGAGCAAGCCCUCAAUUAGGCCGCGUUUAUCCUAAGAAGCCGCGUGUUCUCUCACGGCUCGUUUCGCUUGCAACUCGAAAUGGAGAGCUAGCUCGCAGACUAACCAAGACGAGAUAAGUUUAUUAUAUAAUGACUGAUGGAAUGUUUGAUUCUCUUUUUUAGGGCCACAAAAGGAGAGCCGGUAUGAUGAUUAGAGUUAUGUUUCGUUUGUUUGCUGAAAAUUGACAUGGGAAGUAUCAGAAUCACAUUAGAAAAGCUGAGUCACAGACAAUAGUUUGUUUUUCUUUCUCUCUUCUUGGUUUUUCAAUACCCUCUCUACAAAAUUUGCAAAGUAAGGAAAAUUCCCCAGUGCUCAUGUUCUCAUAUUGUUGGCGUUAAGCGUUGAGCUCAAAGACGUCAAGGUCAGAAUUUUCGCUUUGCUGUUCCGUUCUUUCGCUUAUGUUUGAGUACUUGAUUGACGCGUGACGUUUUUAUAACCUUUAGUAGCGCUCGUCCAUGUGGCACAGAACGAAUUUUCAACCGGUACUAUAUUAUUAUUUGUGUUGCGUUCACACGGAACCACCACCUUUACCGACGUCCAGCCGUUCAAAGUUCCGUGUGAACAGAGCGAAAAUAUUGAACGGUCACGUGUCAACGAAGUGUCCGGUCAAAUUUUUCAGCCGGUCGAAAAUUUCGUCCGGUGCCGUGGGUGUGAACAUAGCCUGAGUGACUACUAGCAAAGCCUCACUUCUCACCCUUAUUCCCACAGGGACGCCCAGGCUCCCCAGGUCCUCCCGGACCCCUGGUGAGUUAUUUUUGUUAAUAUUGCUCCUUAAUUUUGGCGCGAAAUUUUAGCGUUAAUUUGUAAUGUCACAUGUGAAAUUACAAAAUUGCCCAUGCCAACCUUCCGUACGUCUCAGUUUCAUGAUGGCGACGAAGUUUUGCGGAAAUAUCAAGUGAAGAUGUCAGGUAUUAAAAGACGCUUUAGAAAACCUACACGCACGAAAGAGCACAUCGAGAAGGAUUUUAACAGAUAUUUUGUCAAAAAAUGCUGAAAAUUUUAAACUUCGGCUAAAUUUAAGCUCUAUUCUUUUGAGAGAGUGGAUUUCUUGAUCGAUACGAUCUAGGAUAACGAUUGCGAAUGUAGUUCGUCACCCAUGAUAUUAAUAGGUAAUCAAUGGUAAUGCUCGUGAAGUUAUUCCCUUAUUUCACUAGUCACCAUUUGAUUACACAUACUUAUCCGGUAGGAGUAUCCAGUGGGUUAUUACAACUACUAUAUUCACUUGCACUAACAAAAGAUGCUACAACACAAGAGAAAAUUAUUUAAAGGCAAAAAAGAUGAAGUCUCGUACGAAAUUUUCGUAACGAUCUUUCAUUUAAUGGUGACAGUUAUGACUGUAAGUUUCGUAAGAUUCAAUUCCUCAGGAACACCAUUCAGAGCAACCUCCUUAUUACUUAUUCAUGCAGCUUGGGAAAAUGCCAAUACGGUCAAGUAUUACGACGGGAAUAGCUUUCCUCAAAGUCUUUCGCUUCAUAAUUUGGAUACUUUUGAUAGGUCUACAGGUUUUGCAAGGAGUUUAAGUUACAAGAUCUUUCUACCCUAGCCACAGAGGGAGCUAUACUUCUGGUUAAGUCCGUCUGCAAAACAGCGCCGAAAUGUUUGUUCUGGUCCCCCAGCUGUGUACCAUGAUUCGAGUACGCGUCAUAAUCGGCCUGUUAAAAAGCCACUGCGGUCAAUUUGCCUAUCACUUUGAAGUGACAUUCGAAACGCAGUACCUUACUAAUCGGAAUUAGAUUACGUUUGCAACGCAGGCAAGAUCUUUCCUGAUUUUAUGGAAAAAUUGAUUAAGGGUGGCUACAGGAAAUGAGAUUUAUAUAAUUAUUAUUUGUCCUUUGAACAAAAUAUCCUCUUGCAAAACAGGUGCGUAUUACUUAAUUCACACUCACCGAAUAUUUUUCUGUUCCAUUAGACAGACCUUGGAGCGCUUUCUGGUUUUGCUCAGGUAACAGCCCCUUAGCUAUAAUACGGUUUGAUUCUUUUUGCUUGGGUUUGAAAAUGAUUUAAAAGCUCUCAGUGUAGGCGACAUCUUUUUCUGAAGAUGGAAGAGGAAAUGGUCUUAGUUUAUAGGAUUUGAAUUCCUUAUUAUUCUCACCUUUUCACUUAGUUAUUUCAUUUCUUUUGUUCUUCACAUUUUAAUGUAUCGUUCCUCACCUUCGACUUUUUAUAUAUAUCGUUUAUAGUUUCUGUUCAUUUCCAUUUGAUAAUGGUGACAUUGGCCGCCGAAACGUCAUGUUUUUACGGCGCUGCGUUUUGUGCCUUUAUGUGCUACGCGGGAGAGAUAUUUGUAUCCCAAAUUCUUUUCUCGUGUUUCGACCACUAGGCGUCUGCUCAAACCAAGAAACAAAAUGUGUGUUCACUGCAAAUAGAACAUAACAGCUGGCGUGUACGCGCCUAUCACGUGUUUAUUUUGAAACAAUCCUCAGCCAGCAAUCAGAACGGGGAUGAUUUAGGGAGCUGGGGAAGGGAGCGGGGCCAGAGAGGGCUAGGGGGCUUUAGCCAACCGUCCUAACUUUCCCCCCAAAAAUAGAACCGUACAGUGGAAAGAGCCUCUUUAGCCGCUGCACUUCAGUACUUCAACAACAACAAUGCAAGCCACUAGUCACUCCCGCCCCCUCCCCACUACCUUCACCUUGGAAAAUGCUUCGCAGCUUCCUUGAAUUCGCAAGAAUUGCUGAUACAAAGUCGGGCGCCCUAUCGACCGGAUGUUGCUGCCUCGUUAUGUGGCUUUUUCGGUUUGUGGCGAGCAUAGCCGAUGUUAAUAAAAAGUAACAUGACUUGAUUAUUUCUCCAGGUAUGUUCUCCUUGUUGUAUAAUUAUUUUUUAUUUAUUUUUUUGUUUGUUUGUUAUUAUUUUCAGCAGUGGAACUCUGGAGUCUCUGGAUCUUAUCGUGUUCGCAACGAGAAGGCAAAUCUUUAUCGAAGUUCCAAGGUAGCAUGAAACAGUUGUUCUCUAUGUCGCAUUCAAUAACCUUGAAUAAAACUUAAUGGCAGAUCAGAAAUGUAACGUCUAUUUACAUUUGUCUUCAGGCUGAAAAAACCACGUUCAUAGAUCCGGUAAGUAACCUUUUUUAACUGUUCACUUAUGUAAGUCUUGAGAUGUGAACCAGCGUCAUUCCUUGUGCUAUUCACUGAGUCUAAAAAUGUAAAGCCUUGCAUUGGAACGCGGUUGCUAAACUAGUUACUUCAGUCGGCCAAUUAUAUCACAGUAGACACUUACAGCCCAAGGAGCCAAUCACUGCUCGGGGAACGGAAAUGAAUUUAGCCAACUCUAAGUGAACAAAACGUGACCUGCGUGCAUUCAUGUAAUGGGUCUCGUCUUUAUUUCGUUAGUUUUCCUCAUGGAAAAAAAGGCCAAUUAACUGUUGUACGUCGAGCGACAUAGCCUUUGAGUCGAAGCAAGUCUGGCGGUGACCUUGUUUUGAUAGACACAUCAAUGCCAUUUAUAUACACAAGAACAGGAGUUACAUUUGAAAGCAGCAAGGUUCAAAUCAAAACAAGGUCACCUCUCGCCUCGUUUGCACUCAAGGCCAGGAUUCUCAAUACACAACUCAAAAAAGGACUAUUCACAGAUGACGUUUUUAAAUUAGUUCGAGUUUAGUAACUAGAAAAAAAAACAUGGAAAAUGCUUGUUGCACAUUUUUUCCGUGUAGAUUUUUUAAGACUAUUUAAUUAUCAAGAAAUCUCGAAAAUCCUCGGACGUAACCAUUAGACCAUACAAAGUUAUUAUUUAGAUUCACAUUACGACUCUGAGAUUGGCAAACAAAAUAGACAGUACUAAAAGCUCAGAGUCGUGUUUUAGAGGCAGACUUAUAUUUGUUGCACAGAAUUGAUUGUAGUUUGGUUUUCUGUAAACACAUUUUCUAUUUUUGUGUAGGUCCAAAUCAACUUAGCUUUACUCAGUUACCAACUUGAACUCUACAAAAAACCAAACGGCUCUAAAGAAUACCCAGCUAAGACUUGUAAGGAUCUUAUCCUGUGCUAUCCAAAUCUGAAAAGUGGUAAGUUAAACUGCAAAAGAUAUGCUUCCUUUUUGAACUUUGAUAUAUAGACGCAAAUGGAAACUGAAAAGACUGGCUCUGAUUUAAAGGGAUUUCAGCACUGGGCUGGUUAGGGCCUCCAGUCUCAACAAAAUACUUCAGUUUUUUCAUGAGACAAACUUUCAGCCAAUAAGAACGGAGUGUUUUUUCUUAAGCUAAGACAAAGAUAGUUUAACUGGUCGAAGAACCUCGAAAGUGAGGCUAAACGGACCUUUAUCUUGAGGAUCAACUAACAUAUUGGAUGGUACCGACGUUGGAGAAACUGGAUGUAAUAUACAUCAGUACGGACUCUUUCCCAGUUGUCUCUCAUUGAAACUCUCCUUCCCAUAUUAAGGAGUGAGGACUAGAAUUUAGGGAAGCGAGGGAGAGAGAGCAGGAUAUCCCAGUCGUCCUUCUCUCUUGUCCCUUUUCAUCAGCCCUUGAUUCGCCGUGCGCGUCACGAAGACGAGUGCAGACGAGUCAGGUAUUAAGUAUUAGUAAAAUCCAACUAGUGGUCUAUGAUCAAUGCUGCGUUCUGAUUGGUUGAGCUACUACUAGGCUAUAUGUUAUAGCCUACUAGUAGCGAAAAGCGCGCGCUUUUUGUCGGCAAAAAAGGAUUAAAGUCUAGCUUUAACUAGCUAAAAGUUUUUUAUUCUCGAUAUUUUUGACCAACUAGUUGGAUUUUACUAAAACAAUUAUUCCUCUUGCCCUCGUGGCCUCUGAGUCAAUAGCCCAUGAGGCCGCUAUUCACUGAGAGCCCAUUCGGGCUCGAAGGAUAAUUGUUAAGUAACCAAUAGAUACGCCGUGCGAUGUCUUUCGAUGUUUUCACCAAUUUUGAAAACAAAUCUUUACGUAGGUGAAUAUUGGAUUGAUCCAAAUGAAGGCGUUCCUGAAGACGCGAUCAAGGUUUACUGCAAUUUUUCGUUCAAUGCCACGUGCUUGUAUUCAAGCAAAGGGAAAAAGGUAAUGGUUAACCUGACUGUAAGAAUUUGUUUAGUUCAAAAACGCGCUUAGCCAAUCAAUGAGAACAAUCUCCAUCGCUAUUUUUGCUUGUCUGUGUUCACGUUGCCUUAAUUACCGUGUCCUAUUUCAGCAUUUUUAGCUAGGAUUAAAACAGUUGGACAAUUGACGACGGUUUGUUUCACCUAUUUUUGUUUACGAUUGGAGUUCUUCCCCCAAAAAAAUCCAUCAAAAACUGAUCUAUUGGUCUAGUGCUCAGAGAGGUCAAGAGACACAUCAUUUAUACUGAGUACAAGUCCUUUAAACGAUCGGGUUAACGUGCUUGCUUUCCUUUUAAAAAUGGCUGAGAAUUUUUUAACUAGAAGUUUUUUAAAAUAAUAAAGAAGCUGCUGCCUUUGGAGCUAGAGAAUGUUACUGGUAAUUCUUGAAUAAUUAACUGAAGCGGUGUAGGGAGGAUGAAACGUUUACGGAAAUAAGAUCUCAAUAAUAUUGUAAAGUAAAGAACAAAGAAAGGCCUUUACUGUCUCAAUAACCCUCUUUAAUUGUUGGUUAUAGAAGGUUACUAUAGACCUUGCUAAAUUAUUCCUUUCUUUGUUGUAUUGGAAUAGCCAUUUUUAUCCCAGAGGAAGAAAUGGUAUUCUGGUGUGGACGAGUACAAAUGGUUGAGCGAGGAUCUGGGAGCUUUUAAGAAGGUAAAAAUUGAAAUGCGAGCCUACUGAACAGGCCUCUUCUUAUAACAUUAAUUUGAUUUGACUCUUGUGGCACGCAGGGAGUUUACGUAGCAGCGUGUUUGAGCGACGCACGUGAGCGAGGCGUUUUUCUCUUUUUUAAACUAUAUCUUAACGCUACCAAAUUUGUAUUGCUAAGUGUCUUUACUCUUAAAGGGACGUUUUGCCCAAGAAUUUAUUCAAAAUCACGGCGUGAAGAGUAGGCUGAAAAGUCCACUUCCGGUUGACGUGCGUCGCUCAAAACGUGAUUGCUUAAACUCCCUAUGUGAGAGUGGCCACCCGUAGAGUAUGGGUUAUGGGACUGGCAAGGAUCACGUGAGGUUUUAACAGCACGGACGUUUACGAUUUCAUACAGGAUUGAUACCAUUAUCUUCUCUAAAUUAAAUAAGCCCCCCUCUCUACUGUUCGCCCUCCCUCAAACGUGCUUGAGAUAAAAAAAAAAAGCCCCUGGGGUGCAUAAUAGAGGAUUCAUGGUGUGUCCCACUCGAAAAACGUAGGAAAAGGCGGAAGUAAGGCAAGUAGUUUAAAGCCGGUGUCAGGUUCUCAGAAAAUAGGGAUGUCGCGAAAACAAGGUCAAGGGAAAAUAGUUUUCACGAUGUCUGUACGUAACUAUCUUGGAGCCUGGAGCAGGAAUUGAAGGAAUUACUCACUAUGACACCCGACUACAUGUUUUCUCCACAUUAAUAAGGCGAUGGUGCCAUGCGGUACCUUUUACGAAGCCAAAUCCUAAAUGUGAAAUCACGACUGAAAAAAUAAUCAUCUUUCUGUGAAAUUUUUCUUUGGAUUUUUCAUCUUCCCAGUAAUUGAUCGGUGACUAAACAUAGACAUGAAUGUCUCCAACUCCCCCGGGGGGAGGGGAGCACUCUCAUAUUCCGCAGAACAGGGUAUGGCUUUCAAGGUCUUGAGUCUUUAACAGUGUAUACAAUUUUAGAGAAGAAGACUUGCGAUGAGCGGUCUACAUUUGAAAUACCAAUAAUUGUUUUCCUCAAUAUCUAUUUCCACGAUUUUAGUGUGAAAAAUUACUUAAUUCUGUAUGCAAAACACAAAAAAUCAGGAUCAGAAAGUAGUGUCUCCUGUCUUAAACAGGCUAGCGAAAUGAGCAAUUUUUGUCUUAAACAGGGUCGGAGUUUGAAGGCCUCGGAGGCACAGCUCUACCCAGACUUUCCUUGAGUGCCCCCCCCCCCGGGGGGUCCAACUAGCGUAGCUUGUUCUCGCCCCAUGAAAGGGAUUCGUAUUCCGGAAACGGCGGGAAAUUUUUGCUUGUGGCAUCCGGAAUCGUGGGCUUUGGAAUCCGGAAGACAGCUUAAGGAAUUCGGAAUCCCGCUUACGACUGGAAUCCGGAAUCCAAAUUUCACUGACAAAGAAUCCAGAAUCCAGUGCAUGAAAUCCAGAAUCCACGGUAUGGAAUCCAGAAUCUAAGACUGUCUUGGUUUAUCUUACAUGAGGCGAUUGUUUCCUACAUAAAAAGAAACUUUUCUUUACGUUUCAGAUCAAGUAUGUCAAAUUUUCAAGCCAGCUGUUAUUCCUACGUCUGUUGAGUGACCGCGCACGUCAGACCAUCACUUACCACUGCAAAAACUCCAUCGCUUGGUACGAUGAACAGCUUAAAGACGUCUCUAAGUCCAUCAAAAUUAAGACGGCCAAUGGAGUCAUAAUUCACUCAAGCUCUUCCAAUAAGUUCAAGCCAAGGAUAAUUACGGACGAUUGUCGAGUGAGUAAAAAAAUGUGAAUUCGUAUGGUACUUCAAACUCGUAAUUUCAUUUUCUUCAACAUUUAAACGGUUUGACUGGAAAAUAAACGUAAACAAAGAAUUUACACAUAAUAGCACAGCAAACGAGACUUCAACACAAUGGAUUGCAUAAAGUGAAGUUAUGUAAACUUAAAGAUAAUUUCCCCGUUAAUCGAAACGCAGUAUGAAAACACAAAUAGCUUAAAUCAGAUCGAUGACUAACCCUGUUUAACUGUCGCUGUUUUACUAAAACUGUUAGAUGUCCUAGACAGUUAACGGAAAAUAUAGCAAGUUAAAGUUUUACUGAAACUGUCAUAGUGUCCGCGUUACAUCUCAAUAAAGGUUUUACAGUGUGUAUGAGUGAAUACUCUAGACUUCAACCAGUCCCUUUUCGGUUUAUUGUGGAGUCUUGGAUGAAACUUAAGGCCCAAGUUCCCCCUGGGCUAGCAAUUUUUAUUUUCGUUCACUUCGCUCGAUUUGCUGGCUCGCGUGACUGUCCUGAAUCUAAACAAUCGCGUUCCUCUCCGACUCGAACUUUUUACUCGAAACUUCAUAAUGUUUUUCACCCGUAAAGUGCUUAACCACAACAAUGCUUUAAUUUGGUCCGUGGUGAAGCGGACGGAUUCCCGUAGACGGUACAAAACCAUUGAUUAUUCUUUCCUUUUUCAUCGCAGAUCAAGAAUGGCACGUGGCUUCACACAGCCAUCCAAAUAGACACGCCCAAAACCAACCGUCUUCCCAUUGUGGAUGUAGCAGCUUACGACAUAGCCGAUCAAAACGAGGAAUUUGGACUCGAAAUAGGACCUGUCUGUUUCUAUUAA